UUGUAUCCCACUACACAGGCUCUGGUGGCCUCUGACCGUUCCAAGAAUGGGCUUUUCAACCUCGGACAGGUAAUCUUGGGCUGGUCUGGUGUGACUACAGUACCUGUCAUUCACCUGACCAGUCAGUCACGCUCACCUUUGACGUCUGACCUUUUCCUCUUGGCAUUAAUGAUGGUGGUGGUUUGAAUGCCUUGAGGCUCACUACAUCAUCUGACUGGCACACCCUUUGGCUACCUCUCCUCUCCUCCUUUCUCUCACUCCCUCGCUCUCAUCUGGUGGUGGUUGUUGUUCCUCUCGCUGGGUGAUGGGUUCUUCCCCCUCUCUCUCUAAAGUGAUAGUACCUCUACCUACCUGACCUACCACCCCAGUGACAUCAGCUCUGCUCUGACCUCACCUCUCAGUGCACCUGCUUCUCACCACUGCUGUUAUAACCUGUCUAAAUAAAGAAACAUCCUGACUCUAUUGCUGGGCUCACACAGCUGUAGCAGCAACAGUAAUAUGUAGUUUAAUUCCCCUCAUUGCUGUGGUUGGUUCUCCCUUGCCUUCAAGCCCUGCUGCUGGAAAUUGAGUUAUUUGGCAAUCUUCAGAGCUGUCAGAGUAUUCAUCUCCAUUUUGACUGACAGUUAUUGUACUCUUUCUUCUUCUGCAGACGAGAGAUGAUUUCCUGGGACAGGUCGAUGUGCCUCUCAAUCAUUUGCCGGUGAGUGUGUUGUCCGUGUACUACGUGUGGGUGGGUGGGGGGUGGGUGUGUGGGUGGGUGGGUGUGUGUGUGUGUGCAUAUCUGUGCGUCUGUGCACACACAUACACACACACAUUGUUGUGCCCACACACACACAUUGUUUGGUUUUAGAAUGCUCUGCUGGUUUUUAGCAGCAUGUUUGUUCUGCCUAGUGAACUCUGAAGGUUGAGAGGGGAGGGGGAAGAGUUAGAAAACCCCUCUUGAGCAACCUGUUGUCGUAGGCUUUUUAAGUAGCAACAUCACUGGAGAGUGAGCGAGACUAGCCCCCUGUUAGGAGUGGAAAUAAACCCGGUAGGAAUGUAAACAACAAGGCCAGUACAGGGUCUGAGGAGAAGAGGGCUACCCUGGCCUGGAACUGACGGAAAAAGAAACUGUGCAUGCCCAAUGGUGGUAAGCCACUGGUCAGAGCAACAAUAAUAAACAGAGUUGUAGUCCUAAAUGAAGGCCAGAUUCAAGUAGUUUAAUCAAGUUUUAAGUAGGUUCAUUGUUUUAUGAAAGAAACAUGCUCUAUCUAUCUUCUAAAAUAAAAAUAAUUGUCAACUAUGGAAAGUUCUCACUGGCAGUUCACAGAGUGCAGUGCUGCUUAUGAUUAAAUGACCCUUUGUCAAAUAAUCUUUAGUCCUGCUUAUAAAUGAUUAAUUGUCAAAGAAUGUUUGGCUCUUGAUUGAGUGGCUGGGCAAUCAAGCCAGUCAAACAGCUUGACCCUAAAGCAAUGCGGUAGUGAUUCUAAGAGAUAGGCUUUUAGUUUCACCACUUUAAAAAUAGCUAUCAGCGUAGGCGUUAAGGUUAAUUAUUAAUGAUGGCGCACCAGCUACUGUUGUCCCUAUGGUGGAGGAAUUAACAUGAGAUAAAGUCUGCUGUAACUCUGUGGCGCUCCUGGAUGGACACAGAGACCUGGGUCAUGUUAAUUAGUUCUAAAACGUUUUGCAACUGAAAAGGUAAAUGCCCAACGGGUGUUUCUUAUUGGGCAAAGACGAUACCAAUAUUACGAUUCAGUAUUUGGAAAGAAACAACUUCGGUAUAACUUCUUCUAAAAGAAAAAUAAUUUGUCAAACAGAGAAAGUCUUAUGUGCAUUCCAGAGUGCCAUUUCUUAUUUAAUGAGACCCAUUUGUCAAAUAAGCUUUUCCUGCGGAUCCAAUAGUAUUGUCAUCAAGUUUUCUUUUUGCCAUGGCAAACAAAAGUCAAACAUUACUUAAGCAAUGCGGUAGUUUUGCAAGAGAUAAGCCUCAGUUCCCCACUUUAAAUAUCUUCUCUUGGUACAACGUAAAAAUAUAAGGUGCGCACCAGUAGGUGUUUUUGCCCUAUGUUUUUUGGGGGCCUUAACAUAGAUUAAAGCUGGGGUAACUCUGUGGUCUUGACACAGAUUUUGGGUCAUGUUGAGUAUUCAAAAGUUUUCAACCUAAAAAGCCCUUGACAAGUGGGUCUGUCUUGGGGCAAAAACGGGUGCCAUUUAUUCGAUACUCCUAGUAUCUGUGCACAGAAUGGGGCACACAGGGGAUUCACUCGGGUAGUAGCUAAAAUCCCAUGGUUGACCAUCAUUAAGUUGGGGCAUCCAGGUGUCACAGUUUUUAUUUAGCUGGUAGUAACAUCUGAUAUUUAAUUUCAGCAGGUGUUCAAGGAUCCAAUGGGGUUUGUGUCUCAUUUUUUGGGGCAGUCCACUUGUUCCAUGGCAAAGAGCAAAUCUCUCACAUUACUGGGUCGUCACAGCCUGGUUAUCAGGGACAUAGUAGCUAAGCAUUUAAUCUGAGCUGACAUUUACUUCUCACGGUGCCAACACUGAACAAAUCCUGAUUCACAGAAUUUGGGGCAGCCAGCAGCCAGUCCAGGGUGUUAUUUGGCAGAAAUGUGCUGUUACUGUACUUGGGGCUGUAAGGCUCUUAGUUAGUAGUAGGAGUAAUUGCUGUACCUCGUUCUUUGGCGUGGUCUUCCUCAGGUAGUAGGUAGGUAUGAUCUGCUGUUUACCUCUGAAAGGCUGGCCAGUAGGGCUAUGGCUACGUAGGGGCUAUCCAUGUAACGGGGCUGGCUUUACUGCAGGCUAGUAGCCCGGAGUAUCUGCUGUUACCAUUUUAAACUUGGGGCAGUCACAGGCUGGCUUCACUCAGGGCUAGUAGCUAGGUAGUAAUCUGCUGUACCAUGUUAACUUGGGGCAGUCACAGGCUGGCUUCACUCAGGGCUAGUAGUUAGGCAGUAAUCUGCUUACCAUGUUAACUUGGGGCAGUCACAGGCUGGCUUCACUCAGGGCUAGUAGCUAGGCAGUAAUUGCUGUUACCAUGUUAAUUGGGGCAGUCACAGGCUGGCUUCACUCAGGGCUAGAGCUAGGCAGUAAUCUGCUGUUACCAUGUUAACUUGUGGCAGUCACAGGCUGGCUUCACUCAGGGCUAGUAGUUAGGUAGUGAUCUGCUGUACCAUGUUAAUUUGGGGCAGUCACAGGCUGGCUUCACUCAGGGCUAGUAGUAGCAGUAAUCUGCUGUUACCAUGUUAACUUGGGGGCAGUCACAGGCUGGCUUCACUCAGGGCUAGUAGCUAGGCAGUAAUCUGGCUGUUACCAUGUUAACUUGGGGCAGUCACAGGCUGGCUUCACUCAGGGUAGUAGCUAGGCAGUAAUCUGCUGUUACCAUGUUAACUUGGGGCAGUCACAGGCUGACUUCACUCAGGGCUAGUAGCUAGGCAGUAAUCUGCUUUUACCAUGUUAACUUGGGGCAGUCACAGGCUGGCUUCACUCAGGGCUAGUAGUUAGGCAGUAAUCUGCUGUUACCAUGUUAACUUGGGGCAGUCACAGGCUGGCUUCACUCAGGGCUAGUAGCUAGGCAGUAAUCUGCUGUUACCAUGUUAACUUGGGCAGUUACAGGCUGGCUUCACUCAGGGGCUAGUAGCUAGGCAGUAAAUCUGCUGUACCAUGUUAAUUGGGGCAGUCACAGGCUGGCUUCACUCAGGGCUAGUAGCUAGGCAGUAAUCUGCUGUUUACCAUGUAACUUGGGGCAGUCACAGGCGGGACUUCACUCAGGGCUAGUAGCUAGGCAGUAAUUGCUGUUACCAUGUUAAUUGGGGCAGUACAGGCUGGCUUCACUCAGGCUAGUAGCUGGGCCCAGUAAUCUGCUGUUACCAUUUUAACUUGUGGCAGUCACGGCUGGCUUCAUCAGGGCUAGUAGCUAGGCAGUAAUCUGCUGUUACCAUGUUAACUUGUGGCAGUUACAGGCUGGCUUCACUCAGGGCUAGUAGCUAGGUAGUGAUCUGCUGCUACCAUGUUAAUUUGGGGCAGUCACAGGCUGGCUUCACUCAGGGCUAGUAGCUAGGCAGUAAUCUGCUGUUACCAUGUUAACUUGGGGCAGUCACAGGCUGGCUUCACUCAGGGCUAGUAGCUAGGCAGUAAUCUGCUGUUACCAUGUUAACUUGGGGCAGUCACAGGCUGGCUUCACUCAGGGCUAGUAGCUAGGCAGUAAUCUGCUGUUACCAUGUUAACUUGGGGCAGUCACAGGCUGGCUUCACUCAGGGCUAGUAGCUAGGCAGUAAUCUGCUGUUACCAUGUUAACUUGGGGCAGUCACAGGCUGGCUUCACUCAGGGCUAGUAGCUAGGCAGUAAUCUGCUGUUACCAUGUUAACUUGGGGCAGUCACAGGCUGGCUUCACUCAGGGCUAGUAGCUAGGCAGUAAUCUGCUGUUACCAUGUUAACUUGGGGCAGUCACAGGCUGGCUUCACUCAGGGCUAGUAGCUAGGCAGUAAUCUGCUGUUACCAUGUUAACUUGGGGCAGUCACAGGCUGGCUUCACUCAGAGCUAGUAGCUAGGCAGUAAUCUGCUGUUACCAUGUUAACUUGGGGCAGUCACAGGCUGGCUUCACUCAGGGCUAGUAGUUAGGCAGUAAUCUGCUGCUACCAUGUUAAUUUGGGGGCAGUCACAGGCUGGCUUCACUCAGGGCUAGUAGCUAUUGGUGAUGGGGGGAAAAAAUAGAUAUUUACAUAUCAGGAUAUCAUUUUUGACAAUAUAUUGUAUUGUUUUGACAAGAUCGCAAUAUUAUUUUUGCGCUAGUUGGCUGUACCUGGACCGAAAUCCCAGUAUUUGUCCUUCAUAGCUUGUUCUCCAUCUUCUUAUUAAAUAGGGAGUCAAUUUGUUUUCAGCACUUUUAUUUCCAUGACUGAUCAGAGCUAGUUUUUCUCAUGGCUCUCUCUUGUCCCUCUGCAGCAGACAUAUGGUGAGCAAUGUGUUUGGAACAUCGAAUCGCAAUAAAAUCACACCCACUGUUAGAAUCAGCAAUAGACAUAUCGCUAAUGCGGACACACGGUGCCAAUCCGCAGAGGACGGACACCGAGCCAAGCCGCAUAGUACGGACCGAGCCAAGCCGCAGAGGACGGACACCGAGCCAAACCGCAGAGGACGGACACCGAGCAAGCCGCAGAGGACCGGCACGAGCCAAGCCGCAGAGGACGGACACCGAGCCAAGCCGCAGAGGACGGACACCGAGCCAAGCCGCAGAGGACCGGCACCGAGCCAAGCCGCAGAGGACGGACACCGAGCCAAGCCGCAGAGGACGGACACCGAGCCAAGCCGCAGGGGACGGACACCGAGCCAAGCCGCAGAGGACCGGCACCGAGCCAAGCCGCAGAGGACGGACACCGAGCCAAGCCGGGAGAGGACGGACACCCAGCCAAGCCGGAGAGGACGGACACCGAGCCAAGCCGCAGAGGACGGACACCGAAAAACCAUAGCCGCAGAGGACGGACACCGAGCCAAGCCGCAGAGGACCGGCACCGAGCCAAGCCGCAGAGGACGGACACCGAGCCAAGCCGCAGAGGACGGACACCGAGCCAAGCCGCAAGGACGGACACCGAGCCAAGCCGCAGAGGACGGACACCGAGCCAAGCCGCGAGUAAGGACACCGAGCCAAGCCGCAGAGGACCGGCACCGAGCCAAGCGCAAAGGGCGGACACCGAGCCAAGCCGCAGAGGACCGGCACCGAGCCAAGCCGCAGAGGACCGGCACCGAGCCAAGCCGCAGAGGACGGACACCGAGCCAAGCCGCAGAGGACGGACACCGAGCCAAGCCGCAGAGGACGGACACGAGCCAAGCCGCAAAAGGACGGACACCGAGCCAAGCCGCAGAGGACCGGCACCGAGCCAAGCCGCAGAGGACCGGCACGAGCCAAGCCGCAGAGGACCGCACCGAGCCAAGCCGCAGAGGACGGGACACCGAGCCAAGCCGCAGAGGACGGACACCGAGCCAAGCCGCAGAGGACGGACAACGAGCCAAGCCGCAGAGGACGGACACAGAGCCAAGCCGCAGAGGACCGGCACCGAGCCAAGCCGCAGAGGACGGACACGAGCCAAGCCGCAGAGGACGGACACCGAGCCAAGCUCAGAGACGGACACGAGCCAAGCCGCAGAGGACGGACACCGAGCCAAGCGGAGAGGACGGACACGAGCCAAGCCGCAGAGGACGGCACCGAGCCAAGCCGCAGAGGACGGACACCGAGCCAAGCCGCAGAGGACGAGGACGAAGAGACCGGAGCCAAGCCGCAGACGGGAGCGACACCGAGCCAAGCGCAAGGACGGACACCAGCCAAGCCGCAGAGGACGGACACCGAGCCAAGCCGAGAGGACGGCACCGAGCCAAGCCGCAGAGGACGGACACCGAGCCAAGCGCAGAGGACGGACACCGAGCCAAGCGCAGAGGACGGACACCGAGCCAAGCCGCAGAGGACGGACAACGAGCCAAGCCGCAGAGGACGGACACCGAGCCAAGCCGCAGAGGACGGACACCCAGCCAAGCCGCAGAGGACGACACCGAGCCAAGCCGCAGAGGACGAGACACCGAGACAAGCCGCAAGCGAGGACGGACACCGAGCAAGCCGCAGAGGACGGACACCGAGCCAAGCCGCAGAGGACGGACACCGAGCCAAGCCGCAGAGGACGACACCGAGCCAAGCCGCAAGGGACGGACACCGAGCCAAGCCGCAGAGGACGGACACCGAGCCAAGCCAGAGGACGGACACCGAGCCAAGCGCAGAUGACGGCACCGAGCCAAGCCGCAGAGACGACACGAGCAGCCGCAAGACCGGCACAGCCAAGCCGCAGAGGACGGACAACCGAGCCAAGCGCAGAUGACGACACCGAGCCAAGCCGCAGAGGACGGACACCGUAGCCAAGCACAUAGACGACGGACACGAGCCAAGCCGCAGAGAGUAAACGAGACCAACCGCAGAGGACGAGAACCACAGCCAGAGUACCGCACCGAGCCAUCCUCAAUACCGCACCUAUCCAAUCCUCAUAUUACUUACACCUAUCCAAUCCUCAUAUUACUUACACCUAUCCAAUCCUCAUAUUACCUUCACCUAUCCAAUCCUCAUAUUACUUACACCUAUCCAAUCCUCAUAUUACUUACACCUAUCCAAUCCUCAUAUUACUUACACCUAUUCAAUCCUUUCAGAUCUACACAAGUAUCUUGUCUUAGAGUUUAUUUGGGAUAUUUGGGUCUCUACAAACCCCCAUCAUCCCAGACUUUUAGUCUGCUGGGUUCUAGUUUCAUAGCUGCUUAAACCCCAGCCAGUACUGACCGGUCUGUCAGUCCACUUUACCACUGAGUUUAUUACACAAGGCUGUUAACUAUGAAACAGCAGAGGGUCUACUCUGCGUUCACUCACACACACACACACUCUCACACACCACACCACACACACACACACACACACACACACACACACACACACCCACACACCCACCCAAGGCUGUUAACUAUGAAACGGGAGACACUCGUUAAUCACUUCAACAGGACGAUUACACUUACAUUACAUUUUCGUCAUUUAGCAGACGCUUUUAUCCAGAGCGACUUACAAAUUGGUGCAUUCACCUUAUGAUAGCCAGUGGGACAACCACUAUACAAUAUACCCCCCCCCCCCCCCAAAAAAAAAAAAAUUUUUUUAUUUUUUUUGGGGGGGGUGUGGGGUAGGGGGAGGGUAGAAUGAUUACUUUUAUCCUAUCCCAGGUAUUCCUUAAAGAGGUGGGGUUUCAAGUGUCUCCGGAAGGUGGUGAGUGACGCUGUCCUGGCGUCGUGAGGGAGUUACCAGAGGUUUAGCUUCCUGUGACGGACUGACAGUGUGGCUUUUUAUUUAAUAUCUACAACAUAAUGUGUUUUAUGUUUUCAUGUACUGCAUUUAAAUCAGACCUGGGAGAAAUACUUAACCUGGUAAAUACACUCAAAUAUUUUCAGUGCGCUUGAUUCAGGCUAGCUUAACUAGUGGUGCAGGGUGGGCAAACUUUUCCAUUGCUUAUUGUACCGGUCAAGCUAAGCCAAGCGUAUCUCAUGUAUUUGACAUAAUGUAUUUGACCCUGGUCUGACAAUGUGAUUAUGUGAUGGACAGAGUGGUUUUUCUAUUUUAUAGCUACAUGUUUCGAUAUGUUUUCAUGUCUGUAAACUUUGCUAGGCCGGGUUACUGUAAAGCACUUUGACAACCGCUGAUAUAAAAAGGGCUCCAUAAAUACAUUUAAUCGAUCGAUUGAUUGAUUGAUGUAUGUCAAAUCAAUGUGUUUCUGUGUUGUAGACUGAGGACCCUACGAUGGAGCGGCCGUACACGUUUAAAGAUUUCCUCCUACGGCCACGAAGGUCAGUUCCAGACUACCGACGAAGGUGACAGGGAACUACACACACACACACAACACACACACACACCACACACACACACGCACACAAACACGCACACACACACACACGCAUACACACACGCAUUACACACACGCAUACACAACACACGCAUACACACACCACACGCAGCAUACACCACGACACACACCCACACACACACGCAUCACCACACACGUCCUACACACACGCACCACACACCUACACACACCAUCACACCACCCACCACACACACGCAUACACACACGCAUACACACAACACGCACACACACACUCACACACACACGCACACCACACGCAUACACAACGCAUACACACACGCACACAACACGCAACACACACACGCAUACACACACCAUCACCACACUCAUACACACACGCAACACACCGCAUACACACACGCAUACACACACUCAUACACACACGCAAUACACACACCAUACACACACGCAUACACACCAUACACACACGCACACACACACGCACCACACACCACGCAUACACACACCGCUAUACACACGCAUACACACACGUCAUACCACCACGCACCACACACACGCAUACACAACACGCAUACACACACGCUACACACACUCAUACACACACCAUACAACCAACCACACGCACACCACACACGCAUACACACACGCAUACACACACGCAUACACACACGCAUACACACACGCACACACACACGCACACACACACGCACACACACACGCAUACACACACGCACACACACACGCAUACACACACGCACACACACACGCACACACACACACACACACGCAUACACACACGCAUACACACACGCAUACACACACGCAUACACACACGCACACACACACGCAUACACACACGCAUACACACGCAUACACACACGCAUACACACACGGACACUCAGACACAAACUCAAAUUACCCACAAACCCAUGUCCACCUGUUGUUGUUAAUCCACAAUUCAUGGUUAGAUAUCGCUGAAACUACAGGCUUAUGUCAUUAUGGUAUUCGGUUCAAAGUAACUGUACUGUUAUCAUUGUUAGCUAACACUGUUGUCAUUCCGAAUAUUGUUCUAAUUCUAGACAUUAACUUACAUAGCAUUGUUAAAAUAUUCCCCAUGUAUUGUUAAUGGGGCGCUAACAGGGCUUCCAUAGAAUGUUGUAGUGUCAUGUAACUGCAUCAUGGCCCAACUCUCUGAAUUCAAGGCUCUGGCUAAGACCAUCUAUUCUACCUCUGAUUUCUUUUGAAUCACUCCCAACUAACUGCCAUUUUGGUGUCCUCUUCUGUCUCCAGCCACAAGUCCCGGGUGAAGGGUUAUCUGCGGCUGAAGAUGGCCUACCUGCCAAAGACUGGAGGUCCGGAGGAGGAGACCACUGAAGGGAUUACCAGGGAGGAGGCGGAGGUACGAUGACAGGGACACACACGCACACGCACAAGCGCACGUACGCAUAUAUGCAUGCUUGCACAUACACACAGCUUUUUUUACGUGAAAUGUCAGGAGUUUUUGGGGAGUAAAACUGUGUGUUUUCCCUAAGCCUAACCUUGACCCCAAAACCCCUAACCUUAACCCCAAACCCUAAAUCUAACCGUUAAGCUUAGAAUAGCAUUUUAACAAAUUCAGGACAUGGAAAAAGUCCUGACUUUUACAAAAUAAAAUAGUUUUCCUACCUUGUCAGGACAUUCUGGUGACUUGUGAGGACAUUCUGAUCCUGAUAAUGUAGUAAAACAUGUACACACACAUACAUACAUACAUACACACUCAUAUAUAUAUAUAUACAGUGGGGGGAAAAAAGUAUUUAGUCAGCCACCAAUUGUGCAAGUUCUCCCACUUAAAAAGAUGAGAGAGGCCUGUAAUUUGCAUCAUAGGUACACGUCAACUAUGACAGACAAAAUGAGAAAAAAAUAUCCAGAAAAUCACAUUGUAGGAUUUGUUAUGAAUUUAUUUGCAAAUUAUGGUGGAAAAUAAGUAUUUGGUCAAUAACUAAAGUUUCUCAAUACUUUGUUAUAUACCCUUUGUUGGCAAUGACACAGGUCAAACGUUUUCUGUAAGUCUUCACAAGGUUUUCACACACUGUUGCUGGUAUUUUGGCCCAUUCCUCCAUGCAGAUCUCCUCUAGAGCAGUGACGUUUUGGGGCUGUCGCUGGGCAACACGGACUUUCAACUCCCUCCAAAGAUUUUCUAUGGGUUUGAGAUCUGGAGACUGGCUAGGCCACUCCAGGACCUUGAAAUGCUUCUUACGAAGCCACUCCUUCGUUGCCCGGGCGGUGUGUUUGGGAUCAUUGUCAUGCUGAAAGACCCAGCCACGUUUCAUCUUCAAUGCCCUUGCUGAUGGAAGGAGGUUUUCACUCAAAAUCUCACGAUACAUGGCCCCAUUCAUUCUUUCCUUUACACGGAUCAGUCGUCCUGGUCCCUUUGCAGAAAAACAGCCCCAAAGCAUGAUGUUUUCACCCCCAUGCUUCACAGUAGGUAUGGUGUUCUUUGGAUGCAACUCAGCAUUCUUUGUCCUCCAAACACGACGAGUUGAGUUUUUACAAAAAAGUUAUAUUUUGGUUUCAUCUGACCAUAUGACAUUCUCCCAAUCCUCUUCUGGAUCAUCCAAAUGCACUCUAGCAAACUUCAGACGGGCCUGGACAUGUACUGGCUUAAGCAGGGGGACACGUCUGGCACUGCAGGAUUUGAGUCCCUGGCGGCAUAGUGUGUUACUGAUGGUAGGCUUUGUUACUUUGGUCCCAGCUCUCUGCAGGUCAUUCACUAGGUCCCCCCGUGUGGUUCUGGGAUUUUUGCUCACCGUUCUUGUGAUCAUUUUGACCCCACGGGGUGAGAUCUUGUGAUCGAGGGAGAUUAUCAGUGGUCUUGUAUGUCUUCCAUUUCCUAAUAAUUGCUCCCACAGUUGAUUUCUUCAAACCAAGCUGCUUACCUAUUGCAGAUUCAGUCUUCCCAGCCUGGUGCAGGUCUACAAUUUUGUUUCUGGUGUCCUUUGACAGCUCUUUGGUCUUGGCCAUAGUGGAGUUUGGAGUGUGACUGUUUGAGGUUGUGUUACAGGUCUGUGAGAGCCAGAAAUCUUGCUUGUUUGUAGGUGACCAAAUACUUAUUUUCCACCAUAAUUUGCAAAUAAAUUCAUUAAAAAUCCUACAAUGUGAUUUUCUGGAUUUUUUUUUCUCAAUUUGUCUGUCAUAGUUGACGUGUACCUAUGAUGAAAAUUACAGGCCUCUCAUCUUUUUAAUUGGGAGAACUUUCACAAUUGGUGGCUGACUAAAUACUUUUUUCUCCCACUGUAUAUAUAUAUAUAUAUAUAUAUAUAUAUAUAUAUAGACACUACCAGUCAAAAGUCUGGACACACCUACUCAUUCAAGUGUUUUUUUUACAUUGUAGAAUAAUAGUGAAAUAACACAGAUUAAAUCAUGUAGUAACCAAAAAAGUGUUACACAAAUCAAAAUAUAUUUAUAAUUGAGAUUCUUCAAAUAGCCACCCUUUGCCUUGAUGACAGCUUUGCAUACUCUUGGCAUUCUCUCAACCAGCUUCGUGAGGUAGUCACCUGGAAUGCAUUUCAAUUAACAGGUGUGCUGCCUUAAAAGUUAAUUUGUGGAAUUUAUGUCCUCCUUAAUGCGUUUGAGCCAAUCAGUUGUGUUGUGACAAGGUAGGGGUGGUAUACAGAAGAUAGCCCUAUUUGGUAAAAGACCAAGUCCAUAUUUUGGCAAAAACAGCUCAAAUAAGCAAAGAGAAAUGACAGUCCAUCAUUACUUUGAACGUUUCUUCAAGUGCAGUGGCAAAAACCAUCAAGCGCUACGGUCCUCUGUAGCUCAGCUGGUAGAGCACGGCGCUUGUAACGCCAAGGUAGUGGGUUCGAUCCACGGGACCACCCAUACACAAAAAAUAAAAGAAAAUGUAUGCACGCAUGACUGUAAGUCGCUUUGGAUAAAAGCGUCUGCUAAAUGGCAUAUAUUAUUAUAUAUUAUUAUGAAACUGGCUCUCAUGAGGACCGCCACAGGAUAAGUUCAUUAGAGUAACCAGCCUCAGAAAUUGCAGCCCAAAUAAAUGCUUCACAGAGUUCAAGUAACAGACACAUCUCAACAUCAACUGUUCAGAGGGGACUGUGUGAAUCAGGCCUUCAUGGUGAAAUUGCUGCAAAUAAACCACCACUAAAGUACACCAAUAAGAAGAAGAGACCUGCUUGGGCCAAGAAACACGAGCAAUGGACAUUAGACCGGUGGAAAUUUGUCCUUGGGUCUGGAGUCCAAAUUUGAGAUUUUUGGUUCAAACCGUGUGUCUUUGUGAGACGCAGUGUGGAUGAACGGAUGAUCUCCGCAUGUGUAGUUCCCACCGUAAAGCAUGGAGGAGGAGGUGUGAUGGUGUGGGGGUGCUUUGCUGGUGACACUGUCUGUGAUUCAUUUAGAAUUCAAGGGACACUUAACCAGCUUGGCUAUCACAGCAUUCUGCAGCGAUACGCCAUCCCAUCUGGUUUGGGCUUAGUGGGACUAUCAUCUGAUUUUCAACAGGAUAAUGACCCAACACACCUCCAGGCUGUGUAAGGGCUAUUUUACCAAGAAGGAGAGUGAUGGAGUGCUGCAUCAGAUGACCUGGCCUCCACAAUCCCCCGAUCUCAACCCAAUUGAGAUGGUUUGGGAUGAGUCAGACGGCAGAGUGAAGGAAAAGCAGCCAACAAGUUCUCAGCAUAUGUGGGAACUCCUUCAAGACUGUUGGAAAAGCAUUCCAGGUUAAGCUGGUUGAGAGAAUACCAAGUGUGUGCAAAGCUGUCAUCAAGGCAAAGGGUGGUGGCUAUUUGAAGAAUCUCAAAUAUAAAAAAUAUUUUGAUUUGUUUAACACUUUUUUUGGUUAUUACAUGAUUCCAAAUGUGUUAUUUCAUAGUUUUGGUGUCUUCACUAUUAUUCUACAAUGUAAAAAUUGAGAAAUACCCUUGAAUGAGUAGGUGUGUCCAAACCUUUGACUGGUACUGUAUAUAUACAGUUGUGGAGGUGGAGUAACAGAAGUCUGUUACUGCCAACAGGGAGUCUGGAGAAAACAUCUAGUCUGUUCUGGUCUGGCCUCUCUUUCUGGAAACACCAUUCACUCACUCACUCAAUUCCCCACAUCCUCUCAUUUUCAGAAAGCUGAUCUAUUGGAAAACUAAAGUAUGUGUUUGGUGUGUGUAUCUGUAUGCCUAUGUGUGUCAGUGGCUUAAUCUGAGUAAGAGAGAGAGAGAGCAAGAUGGCUUUUUCACUCACUAAAAUAAUGCCUAGAUAGGGUGACAUUUAGCUAGUCUGGGUACCCGGCUGUUUAGCCAUCAUUCCACUCCUUGGUCUAGUCUGGUACCGUCUGUAUAGCCAUCAUUCCACUCCUUGGUCUAGUCGGUACCUGUUGUUUUAGCUAUCAUUCCACUCCUUGGUCUAGUCUGGUACGUCUGUUUAGCCAUCAUUCCACUCCUGGUCUAGUCUGGUACCAGUCUGUUUAGCCAUUCCACUCCUUGGUCUAGUCUGGUACCAGUCUGUUUAGCUAUCAUUCCACUCCUUGGUCUAGUCUGGUACCAGUCUGUUUUAGCCAUCAUUCCACUCCUUGGUCUAGUCGUGGUUACCCGUCUUUUAGCAUCAUUCCACUCCUUGGUCUAGUCUGGUACCAGUCUGUUUAGCCAUCAUUCCACUCCUUGGUCUAGUCUGGUACCGUCUGUUUAGCUCAUCAUUCCACUCCUUGGUCUAGUCUGGUACCAGUCUGUUUAGCCAUCAUUCCACUCCUUGGUCUAGUCUGGUACCAGUCUGUUUAGCCUAUCAUUCCACUCCUUGGUCUAGUCUGGGUACCCGUCUGUUUAGCUAUCAUUCCCACUCCUUGGUCUAGUCUGGUACCCAGUCUGUUUAGCCAUCAUUCCACUGCCUUGGUUCUAGUCUGGUACCCGUCUGUUUAGCCAUCAUUCCACUCCUUGGUCCUAGUCUGGGUACCCGUCUGUUUAGCUAUCAUUCCACUCCUUGGUCUAGUCUGGUACCAGUCUGUUUAGCCAUCAUUCCACUCCUUGGUCUAGUCUGGUACCCGUCUGUUUAGCCAUCAUUCCAACUCCUUGGUCUAGUCUGGUACCCGUCUGUUUAGCCAUCAUUCCACUCCUUGGUCUAGUCUGGUACCCAGUCCUGUUUAGCCAUCAUUCCACUCCUUGGUCUAGUCUGGUACCCGUCUGUUUAGCUAUCAUUCCACUCCUUGGUCUAGUCUGGUACCAGUCUGUUUAGCCAUCAUUCCACUCCUUGGUCUAGUCUGGUACCCGUCUGUUUAGCCAUCAUUCCACUCCUUGGUCUAGUCUGGUACCAGUCUGUUUAGCCAUCAUUCCACUCCUUGGUCUAGUCUGGUACCAGUCUGUUUAGCCAUCAUUCCACUCCUUGGUCUAGUCUGGUACCGUCUGUUUAGCCAUCAUUCCCUCCUUGGUCUAGUCUGGUACCGUCUGUUUAGCCAUCAUUCCACUCCUUGGUCUAGUCUGGUACCAGUCUGUUUAGCAUCAUUCCACUCCUUGGUCUAGUCUGGUACCAGUCUGUUUAGCUAUCAUUCCACUCCUUGGUCUAGUCUGGUACCAGUCUGUUUAGCUAUCAUUCCACUCCUUGGUCUAGUCUGGUACCAGUCUGUUUAGCUAUCAUUCCACUCCUUGGUCUAGUCUGGUACCAGUCUGUUUAGCUAUCAUUCCACUCCUUGGUCUAGUCUGGUACCAGUCUGUUUAGCUAUCAUUCCACUCCUUGGUCUAGUAUGGGGUACGUUGUUUAGCAUCAUUCCACUCUUGUCUAGUAUGGUACCAGUCUGUUGAGCCAUCAUUCCACUCUUGGUCUAGUUGGUACCGUCUGUUUAGAUCUUCAUUCCACUCCUGAGUCUAGCUGGUACAGUGUUUAGCCAUAAUUCCACUCCUUUGUAUAGUCUGGUAACCCAGUUGUUUAGCCAUCAUUCCACUCCAUGGUCUAGUUGGAUACCCGUUGUGUGCUAUCGUUCCACUCCUUGGUCUCAGUCUCUGGUACCAGUCUGUUUAGCCAUCAUUCCACUCCUUGGUGUUGUAGUCUGCUAACCCCAGUCUGUUUAGCAUCAUUCCACUCCUUGGUCUAGUUGGUACCCGUCUGUUUUAGCAUCAUUCCACUCCUUGGUCUAGUCUGGGUCUGUUACCACUCUGUUAGUGAUUAGCCAUCAUUCCACUCCUUGUCUAGUCUGGUACCCGUCUGUUUAGCUAUCAUUCCACUCCUUGGUUGUCUGGGUACCAGUCUGUUUAGCUAUCAUUCCACUCCUUGGUCUAGUCUGGUACCAGUCUGUUUAGCCAUCAUUCCACUCCUUGGUCUAGUCUGGUACCCGUCUGUUUAGCCAUCAUUCCACUCCAUGGUCUAGUCUGGCUACCCGUCUGUUUUGCUAUCGUUCCACUCCUUGGUCUAGUCUGGUACCAGUCUGUUUAGCCAUCAUUCCACUCCUUGGUCUAGUCUGGUACCAGUCUGUUUAGCUAUCAUUCCACUCCUUGGUCUAGUCUGGUACCAGUCUGUUUAGCCAUCAUUCCACUCCUUGGUCUAGUCUGGUACCAGUCUGUUUAGCCAUCAUUCCACUCCUUGGUCUAGUCUGGUACCCGUCUGUUUAGCUAUCAUUCCACUCCUUGGUCUAGUCUGGGUACCAGUCUGUUUAGCCAUCAUUCCACUCCUUGGUCUAGUCUGUGUACCCGUCUGUUUAGCCAUCAUUCCACUCCUUGGUCUAGUCUGGUACCAGUCUGUUUAGCCAUCAUUCCACUCCUUGGUCUAGUCUGGUACCCGUCUGUUUAGCUAUCAUUCCACUCCUUGGUCUAGUCUGGUACCAGUGUGUUUAGCCAUCAUUCCACUCCUUGGUCUAGUCUGGUACCAGUCUGUUUAACCAUCAUUCCACUCCUUGGUCUAGUCUGGUACCAGUCUGUUUAGCCAUCAUUCCACUCCUUGGUCUAGUCUGGUACCCGUCUGUUUAGCCAUCAUUCCUCUCCUUGGUCUAGUCUGGUACCAGUCUGUUUAGCCAUCAUUCCACUCCUUGGUCUAGUCUGGUACCCGUCUGUUUAGCUAUCAUUCCACUCCUUGGUCUAGUCUGGUACCCGUCUGUUUAGCUAUCGUUCCACUCCUUGGUCUAGUCUGGUACCAGUCUGUUUAGCCAUCAUUCCACUCCUUGGUCUAGUCUGGUACCCGUCUGUUUAGCUAUCAUUCCACUCCUUGGUCUAGUCUGGGUACCAGUCUGUUUAGCCAUCAUUCCACUCCUUGGUCUAGUCUGUGUACCCGUCUGUUUAGCCAUCAUUCCACUCCUUGGUCUAGUCUGGUACCCGUCUGUUUAGCUAUCAAUCCACUCCUUGGUCUAGUCUGGUACCAGUCUGUUUAGCCAUCAUUCCACUCCUUGGUCUAGUUUGGUACCAGUCUGUUUAGCCAUCAUUCCACUCCUUGGUCUAGUCUGGUACCCGUCUGUUUAGCCAUCAUUCCACUCCUUGGUCUAGUCUGGUACCAGUCUGUUUAGCUAUCAUUCCACUCCUUGGUCUAGUCUGGUACCCGUCUGUUUAGCUAUCAUUCCACUCCUUGGUCUAGUCUGGUACCCGUCUGUAUAGCCAUCAUUCCACUCCUUGGUCUAGUCUGGUACCCGUCUGUUUAGCCAUCAUUCCACUCCUUGGUCUAGUCUGGUACCCGUCUGUUUAGCUAUCAUUCCACUCCUUGGUCUAGUCUGGUACCCGUCUGUAUAGCCAUCAUUCCACUCCUUGGUCUAGUCUGGUACCAGUCUGUUUAGCCAUCAUUCCAAUCCUUGGUCUAGUCUGUGUACCCGUCUGUUUAGCCAUCAUUCCACUCCUUGGUUUAGUCUGGGUACCCGUCUGUUUUGCUAUCGUUCCACUCCUUUCCACUCCUUGUCAUGCUAAACAUCUUUGGCAUAUGACACAGAGUACAAGGAGUGGAAUGGUAGCUAAACAGACGGGUACCCAGGCUAACAUUUAGCAGAAGAACUGAAUUUUUUUUAAAACAGAAAAUCUCACAUCUCCAACCUUCUCCUUGCGAGAUCUCAAACAGACAGACAGACAGUGGAAUGUAACAUACACCAAAAGGAAAGAGCUGUGUUUUUCUCCUGGCUGUGCAGUGUCUCUCUCGCUCCGUGUCUGUGUCUUUGAGCACUCUCUCCUCCUGUGCCUGUGUGUUUCUCAGGGCUGGGAGGUGAACGACUCCGCCGACCCCAGCGUCCAGAGGCCUCAGGUGGUCCAGCCCCCGCUGCCCCCAGGAUGGGAGGAGAAGGUUGAUAACCUGGGCAGAACCUACUACGUCAACCACAACAACCGCUAUACACAGUGGAAACGACCCAGCAACGUGUAUGUACACACAGCUAGGUUCUCUUUACACACAGUUAUCAGAGUUGCUCUAGAGUUAAGGUUGUGGUUAGGAUGGGAUGAGAAGAUGGAGAACCUGGAUAGAACCUACUAUUUCAACCAAAACAACCACUACACAGUGGAAACGACCCAGCAACAUGUAUGUACAUAUAGUUGUCAGAGCUGCUCUAGGGUGAGGGUUAACUUUGGGGUUAGUCAUCCACAACAACCACUCUACACAGUGGAAACGACCCAGCAACAUGUACGUGCUGCUAUACUUUCAUACAUAGUUAUCUUCCACGCCGUGAACCACUAGAUCCUCCUCUCCAUCCUCUCAGGGCUGGGUGUCUCAGGCUUUGCAUUCUCUUUGAAGAAUCCUACCUGGAAGGGCUCUGUACUAGGUCCUCUGGUGUCCCCCAGGGCUCUGUACUAGGUCCUCUGGUGUCCCCCAGGGCUCUGUACUAGGUCCUCUGGUGUCCCCCAGGGCUCUGUCCUAGGUCCUCUGGUGUCCCCCAGGGCUCUGUCCUAGGUCCUCUGGUGUCCCCAAGGGCUCUGUCCUAGGUCCUCUGGUGUCCCCCAGGGCUCUGUACUAGGUCCUCUGGUGUCCCCCAGGGCUCUGUACUAGGUCCUCUGGUGUCCCCCAGGGCUCUGUCCUAGGUCCUCUGGUGUCCCCCAGGGCUCUGUACUAGGUCCUCUGGUGUUCCCCAGGGCUCGGUACUAGGUCCUCUCUUGUGCUCUCUGUACACCAACAUGUAAAAUGUUCAUUGUCUCUUCUCUACAGGGAUGAUGUUUCGGAGGUGGAGAAUGAUAAUCAGCAGCGUGCGAACAGCAUCCAGGCCCACCGGGUUUUCAGGUCCAGACGACACAUUUCUGAAGACCUGGAGAACGAACACAUAGAACCCAGAGACAUGGAAGAUGUGAGUCUCAUCCCUGACCUUUGACCCCUCGACUGUACAAUAUGUUUUAAUCAAGAUAUUCAUAAAUCCAAGGACAUCUAUUGCUACAUACCAGGACAAUAUUACGCCUACAUUUUUACUUAAAAUAGGUUAAUGGAUCAAUGCCUUAUCUUUACUGCAGAAUACAGAAUGACUUUCCAAGCCAGUCAGUGGUACAGUACACUCUCUCUCUCUCUGCACAGUCGUGGGAGCCAAUCACUGAAGAGAGUCCAGACGGCCUCCUAACUGGCCCCUCCUCCGCAAUGGCGACGCCCAUCCCCCAAACGCCGGACCCCCCGGCCCUCCAGGAGUUCUCAGAGGAGAUCAACCUGCGCCUGUCUCUCUCUCCAACCCCAUCCGGCCCCCCGCCUGACAUCAACGGAGAGGUGGCCGCCCCCAGCCAAGCCUCUGCUGUGGUGAGAAUCACUGACCUGUUUGAAUCUAGUGUUGGAGGCAAUUCACCACUUUUUAACCUCAUUCAUCAGCACCAUUCCAGUAUGUCUGAAAACACCAAUUUGUUCUGAUGCCAAAAAGUCAUAAGAAAACAAUCCCUCUCUGUCUCCCCUCAGCAGAGUCAUCGCUCCUCCAGACUGCGUUCCUCCAGUAUGACAGAUGGGGUCAGUGACCAGGCCCAGCCUCCUCCUCCAGCGGUACGAUACGCUCUCUCUCUCUUCCUCUCCUCUGUUCUUCCUCCUCUGCCUUCCUGUUCCUUUACUACACAGGCAGCUCCUCCUGUUCUCCUCUCCUCCUCUCCUCUGUUCUUCCUCCUCUGCCUUCCUGUUCCUUUACUACACAGGCAGCUCCUCCUGUUCUCCUGUCCUCCUCUCCUCUCCCCUCUCCUCCUCCUCAUGUCCUCUCCUCCUAUCCUCUCCUUCCCUCCUGUCCUGUCCUCUCCUUCCCUCCUGUCCUCUCCCCUCUCUUCCCUAUGUCCUCUCCUCCUCUCUGCUCACUGGGAUUCCUUAAUGCCUGGUGGUGAUUCACUCUGCAGUGUCAGGCUCUGUGUUUCUGGUAACAGUAGCAGUAACUCUAUCCUUCCCAGACAGAGAUCUGAAUCACAGUAGCCCAGGGAACCAGGGCUUCUAAAGGGAAAAGCACAGGUGCUGAUGUCAGCCUUUUAUCUCGCUGACCUGAAUGAAUGAGUGGGUAGCAGGAGUUUUACAACAACAGGAUGUGAAUGAGUGGUAAGUGGAAUGAGUGGGUAGCUAGGAUUUUACAACAGUAGCAGAAUAAGGCUUUUACUAGACUGGCAAGAUCCAAUCACCACAUGUUUCUAACUGGUUUGACACACUUUCCCAGGAAGCAUGUGUAGGUUGCAGAUCUGCGUUCAUAUAGUAUUUGAAAUCUUUCAAAGUACUUUGAGUGUUUGCUCUAGCCUACCUGGAGUGCCAGGUGGGUGGUGGUUGCACUUUUGAGACUACUCUAUUGGUUCCAUUGCACCAUGCAAGCUCAAUUACGUGCAUCUUAAGUAUUUGACCCAGGUCUGGUGCAAAGUUAAUUUUGCAUACUAAAGUCUUGCAUAGUUCAUUUUGUUUCGGUAUGUUGCAUUGAAAGUGGCUAAUAUUGCGUUGAUUCAAUCACAAUUCCCACAGUAAAGGGAAACGUUGAUAGUGUUAACUAACGGGGAAAACUCUAGAAAGUUGUGUGAAGUUGAAUCUCGUUGGCUGAUAUUUAUUCUGCAUGGCAGUCCUGGGGGAGCUGCACGCAGCUUCGAGGGAACAUUGAUUGUUGGUUCAUUAUACGGCAGCAAAAUGUGUUUUAUUUGUACUUUUUGAAAUGUAGGCCAAUGUCUUAAAUGCAGUAAAGAGUGCGAUAUAGCUCCAUGUUGCUCCGUAAGGCUUAUCAAAAUAGUUAUUGUUAGUAAUGACAAAGAAAAGGGUUACUGUUGCUAAUGACAAAGAAAAGGGUUACUGUUGCUAAUGACAAAGAAAAGGGUUACUGUUGCUAAUGACAAAGAAAAUAGUUACUGUUGCUAAUGACAAAGAAAAGGGUUACUGUUGCUAAUGACAAAGAAAAUAGUUGCUGUUGCUAAUGACCAAGAAAAGGGUGACUGUUGCUAAUGACAAAGAAAAUAGGUACUGUUGCUAAUGACCAAGAAAAGGGUUACUGUUGCUAAUGACAAAGAAAAGGGUUACUGUUGCUAAUGACAAAGAAAAUAGUUACUGUUGCUAAUGACAAAGAAAACGGUUACUGUUGCUAAUGACAAAGAAAAUAGUUACUGUUGCUAAUGACAAAGAAAAGGGUUAAUAUAGUGUUGCUAAUGACAAAUAAAAGGGUUAGUGUUGCUAAUGACAAAGAAAAGGGUUACUGUUGAUAAUGAUAAAGAAAAUAGUGUUAGUAAUAAAGGGUAGUGUUAGUAAUAAAGGGUGGUAAUAAAGGGUGAGUGUUAGUAAUAAAGGGUGGUAAUAAAGGGUGAGUGUUGGUGAUAAAGGGUGAGUGUUGGUGAUAAAGGGUGAGUGUUGGUGGUACAGGGUGAGUGUUGGUGGUACAGGGUGAGUGUUGGUGGUACAGGGUGAGUGUUGGUGAACAGGGUGAGUGUCGGUGGUACAGGGUGAGUAUCGGUGGUACAGGGUGAGUGUCGGUGGUGCAGGGUGAGUGUCGGUGGUGCAGGGUGAGUGUCGGUGGUGCAGGGUGAGUGUCGGUGGUGCUGGGUGAGUGUCGGUGGUGCAGGGUGAGUGUCGGUGGUGCAGGGUGAGUGUCGGUGGUGCAGGGUGAGUGUCGGUGGUGCAGGGUGAGUGUCGGUGGUACAGGGUGAGUGUCGGUGGUACAGGGUGAGUGUCGGUGGUACAGGGUGAGUGUCGGUGGUACAGGGUGAGUGUCGGUGGUACAGGGUGAGUGUAGGUGGUACAGGGUGAGUGUCGGUGGUACAGGGUGAGUGUCGGUGAUACAGGGUGAGUGUUAGUAAUGACAAAGAAAAGCAUUGAAGGAAUGAAGAAAGAUUAAGAAAGAGUUAUUUGGCAUGACUGUGUCUGUAACCUGCUAGAUUAGUCAGUCACACUAUUUCUCCUUGACAUUGGCUGAGUGGGUGGGUAGUGUUAACUCACUUUGCGUUCCCCUCUCUUUGUGUGAGUUGGUACACGGCCGUCAUUAACACCUGUGGUGCUAGUCAGAUCUAUCUCACAUGAUAUUCAAAGAAAAGAAAGCUUAACAAUGUUGAUUGUCUUUCUGCAAUCAUUGAUUAUGGUUAAUCUAAGACUGCUAAAACAAUAUCAGAUCUCUCAUUUGAAAGCUUUUUAUUCAGCUGUUUAUCUACUACUUUCUCUUCUUCUUGACUCGCGUCACUCUCAACCCGUAAUCCAAUCAAACAAUGAUCAUCCACAACUAUAAUCCACCCACGGUAAUCUGAUUCCAUGUGCCCGUUACCUCACCUUUCCUCCUGUGUGGUCAGCUGCUUUGGGUAUCCUCCACAACUCCUGUCCCUAUCAUCACAGGAGUCUAUCCCCCCUGACCCUCGCUUCACUCCUCACCCCACUGUCCCCCACCUCAACCUCUGGGCAGUCUGACUCUAAAGUAACCUCCUUCCCCGUGUCGGUCUUUCCUGCUCCUCCACACAUCACCCACCUGACCCCCUGCCUCACCCUCACUGGUCAAAUCUGUCCCUGCCUCAGCCUCACUGGUCAUAUAUGUCCCUGACCCCUGCCUCAGCCUCACUGGUCAUAUCUAUCCCUGACCCCUGCCUCAGCAUCACUGGUCAUACAUGUCCCUGACCCCUGCCUCAGCCCCCCCCCCCCCCCCCCCCCCCACCCCCUAAAGUGUGUGCCUCCCUCUAAAGAAGGCUGUGUUCUACCAGCAGAGCUCCCAGACCAGAAGAACCAGAGCUCAAACAGUCACUGGAGUUGAGGAGCCCAUGGUAAUGUUGUCCCAUUCUACAUACUGUACAUCUAUCUACCUGCUGUGCAUCAGUGCACCUCUCUGCCAUAUGAAUACCCUCUCUCUCUCUCUGCACCGUUUUAGUUUUGUCCCCCUCCCUCCCAACAAACGUUAUGUAUCAAGCCGGUGUUCAGUCCCACACGUGGUUAAGAAGUUAGGACUUGUAGUGACUAGACCACCUGUUUCCCCUCCUGCUUCUGUGUUGUGACCCCUCAAUGGGAGAGUUCAACUCACUUACCAAGUCAAUAAGUGCACACGUUUCUUCAUAUGGAGUUCAGUGGCUGUGAAUGUGUAUUUGUAGUUGUCCAUGUAUGUGCGUGUGGUUGUGUUUGUGUGUUUGUGCUGCUCCCUCGAUAUGUCCACACAUCAUCACCUGCUGGGAUUUAUUUUCAUCUGUAAUAAGCAGUUUGAGUGUGUCUAUACUAUAUAUGUUAGUUUGUACAUGUUUAAGGUUUGAGUGUGUCUAUACUAUAUAUGUUAGUUUGUACAUGUUUAAGGUUUGAGUGUGUCUAUACUAUAUAUGUUAGUUUGUACAUGUUUAAGGUUUGAGUGUGUCUAUACUAUAUAUGUUAGGUUGUAUGUAAGGUUUGAGUGAGUCUUACUAUAUACAGUGCAUUCGGAAAGUAUUCAGACCCCUUUUUCCACAUUUUGUUACGUUACAGCCUUAUUCUAAAAUUGAUUAAACAUUACCUUUUUUUCGCUCAUCAAUCUACACACAAUACCCCUGUAUUUGGGGAGUUUCUCCCAUUCUUCUCUGCAGAUCCUCUUAAGCUCUGUCAGGUUGGAUGGGGAGCGUCGCUGCACAGCUAUUUUCAGUUCUCUCCAGAGAUGUUUGAUCGGGUUCAAGUCCGGGCUCUGGCUGGGCCACUCAAGGACAUUCUGAAGCCACGCCUGCGUUGUCCUGUUGGAAGGUGAACCUUCGCCCUAUUCUAAGGGUCCUGAGCGCUCUGGAGCAGGUUUUCAUCAAGGAUCUCUCUGUACUUUUGCUCUGUUCAUCUUUCCGUCUAUCCUGACUAGUCUCUCAGUCCCUGCAGCUGAAAAACAUCCCCACAGCAUGAUGCUGCCACCACCAUGCUUCACUGUAGGUUUCCUCCAGAUGUGACACUUGGCACUCAGGCCAAAGAGUUCAAUCUUGGUUUCAUCAGACCAGAGAAUCUUGUUUCUCAUGGUCUGAGAGUCCUUUAGGUGUCUUUUGGCAAACUCCAAGCGGGCUGUCAUGUGCCUUUUACUGAGGAGUGGCUUCCGUCUGGCCACUCUACCAUAAAGGCCUGAUUGGUGGAGUGUUGCAGAGAUGGUUGUCCUUCUGGAAGGUUCUCCCAUCUCCACAGAGGAACUCUGGAGCUCUGUCAGAGUGACCAUUGGGUUCUUGGUCACCUCCCUGACCAAGGCCCUUCUCCCCAGAUUUAUCAGUUUGGCCAGGCGGCCAGCUCUAGAUAGAGUCUUGGUGGUUCCAAACUUCUUCCAUUUAAGAAUGAUGGAGGCCACUGUGUUCUUGGGGACCUUCAAUGCUGCAGACAUUUUUGGUACCCUUCCCCAGAUCUGCCUCGACACAAUCCGGUCUCGGAGCUCUACGGACAAUUCCUUCGACCUCAUGGCUUGUUUUUUGCUCUGACAUGCACUGUCAACUGUGGGAUCUUAUAUAUUGAAUAUACCACAGGUGGACUCCAAUCAAGUUGCUGAAACAUCUCAAGGAUGAUCAAUGGAAACAGGAUGCAGCUGAGCUCAAUUUCAAGGCUCAUAGCAAAGGGUCUGAAAACUUAUGUAAAUAAGGUAUUUCCGUUUUUUAUUUUUAAUACAUUUGCAAAAAAAUCUAAACCUGUUUUCGCUUUGUCGUUAUGGGGUAUUGUGUGUAGAUUGAUGAGGGAAAAAAUUAUUUAAUCAAUUUUAGAGUAAGGCUGUAACGUAACAAAACUCAAGUGGUCUGAAUAAUUUCCGAAUGCACUGUAUGUUAGGUUGUAUGUAUGUAUGUUUGAGUCAGUCAGUCUUACUAUAAUAAUAAUAAUAUGCCAUUUAGCAGACGCUUUUAUCCAAAGUGACUUACAGUCAUGCGUGCAUACAUUUUUACGUAUGGGUGGUCCCGGGGAUCGAACCCACUACCCUGGCGUUACAAGCGCCAUGCUCUACCAAUUGAGCUACAAAGGACCUUUACAUGUUAGGUUGUAUGUCAGGUUUGAAAGCUGUUCUAUGUGGUUUGUUUGUCAUUGUGUGUUUUUUUUUUUCUAAAGCUGUCCUGCUUCUGCUGGCCUGCUUCUGUGAGUUUCUGAGGAGCAGCAGUAUUGUAGUACAAUAGUACUCUGCUACGUGUUGUACUGCAGUACUGUUUUUAGUCAAUAAGCCACUCCCACUGUUUCUAUAUUUCUUAUCAAUGUGUAAAAAAAUGCAGUUUGCACAAACAGUUUCUUCCAGGUGGCCAUAUUGUCCGGCGUGAUUAACUUGCUGUUUUGCUUCUCUUUGCUUGGUUCAAUCUCAGUCGGCAGCCUAUGCCCUGACCACACCAGGCCUGCCUCCGGGAUGGGAGGAGAGGAAGGAUGCCAAGGGACGCACGUAUUACGUCAACCAUAACAACCGCUGCACCACCUGGACCAAGCCUAUCCUACAGGUACAGAGAGGCCUCACCUGGGGCACAGAGAGACUGCAUGGGCCUGGGCUGACUCCUCCACGUCGCUCUCCUCCUCCUCCCCUCUCCUGCCCUCAUUCCGUUAGGGCGUUUCUCUGGGCCUGGGUACAACCUCCACUGUUCUCUUUGUCCCCCCACCUUCCUCUUGUCCUGUCUUAAAGUGUGGGUGCAUGUCUUACUCUAGGUCUUACUCUAGGUCUUACUCUAGGUGCGUUCCUUCACUGGUCACCUUGAGUUUGUGUCCCGCUCUUCCUCCUCUCCUCCUCUCUUCUUUGUUCCUCCUCUCUCUCUUCCUCUCCUCCUCUCUCCCUCUCCCCUCCUCUCUCCCUCCUAUCUUUCUCCCUCCUCUCUCCCUCCUCUCCUCCUCUCUUCCUCCCUCUAUUCCUCCUCUCUCCCUCCUCUCUUUCUCCCUCAUCUCUCCCUCCUCUCCUCCUCUCUUCCUCCCUCUAUUCCUCCUCUCUCCCUCCUCUCUCCCUCCUCUCCUCCUCUCUUCCUCCCUCUAUUCCUCCUCUCUCCCUCCUCUUUCUCCCUCCUCUUUCUCCCUCCUCUCUCCCUCCUCUCCUCCUCUCUUCCUCCCUCUAUUCCUCCUCUCUCCCUCCUCUCUUUCUCCCUCCUCUCUCCCUCCUCUCCUCCUCUCUUCCUCCCUCUAUUCCUCCUCUCUCCCUCCUCUUUCUCCCUCCUCUCUCCCUCCUCUUUCUCCCUCCUCUCUCCCUCCUCUCCUCCUCUCUUCCUCCCUCUAUUCCUCUUCUUUCUCCCUCCUCUUUCUCCUCCUCUCUCCCUCUCCCCUCCUCUCUCCCUUCUCUCUUCCUCCCUCUAUUCCUCCUCCUCUCUCUCCCUCCUCUCUUUCUCCCUCCUCUCUCCCUCCUCUCUUCCUCCCUCUAUUCCUCCUCUCUCCCUCCUCCUCUCCCUCCUCUCUUUCUCCCUCCUCUCUUCCCAUCCCUCUCCUCCUCUCUUCCUCCUCUCCUUCCUCCUCUCGUCCAGCUCCUCAUUUCUCUCUCUCCUCCCUCUAUUUCCUCUCUCUUUUCUCCCUCCUCUUCUCCUCCUCUCUCCUCUCUCCCUCCUCUCUCACUCCUCUCCCUCCUCUCUUCCUCCCUCAUCUCCUCCUCUCUCCCUCCUCUUUCUCCCUCCUCUCUCCUCCUCCCUCUCAUUCCUCCUCUUCCUCCCGUCCUUUUCCCUCCUCUCUUCCUCCUCUUUCUCUCUCCUCUUCCUCCUCCUCUUCCCUCUCUUCCUCUCCUCCCUCCUCUUUCUCCUUCCCCUCUCUCCUACUCUCUCCCGCUCGCUCGUUUCCCUCCUCUCUUCCUCCUCUCUAUCCUCCUCUCUCGCCUCCUCCGUCUUCCUCCUCUUCUCCCUCCUCUCUCCCCUCUGUCCCUCCUCUCUCCCUCCUCUCUUUCUCCCUCCGUCCUCCGUCUCCCUCCUCUCCUCCCUCCUUCACUCCUCCUCUCUCCCUCCUCUCUCCCUCCUUUCUCUCCCUCCUCUCUCUCAUCCCUCCUCUCUCCCUCCUCUUUCCCUCCUCUCGUCCUCUCUCCCUCCUCGUCCUCCCUCUUCUUCCUCCCUCUAUUCCUCCUCCUCUCCCCUCGCUGCUCUUUCUUCUCCUUCCUCUCCUCCACUCCCCUCUCUCUUUCCUCCCUCUAUUCUGCCUCUCACUCCCUCCUCUUUCUCCCUCCUCGCAUCUCGUCAUCUCUCCUCAUCCCUUCCUCUCUUCCUCCUCCCUCUCUCCCCGUCCUCUGUUCUCCCUCCUCUCUUUCUCCCUCCUCUCUCCCUCCCUCCUCUCUUCCUCCCUCUCCUCCUCCUCUGCCAAAUAGUAACUUGAGAAAUGUGGAUGUAUUAAGUAUUGAUGAAUGGGAGAUUUGAGUGGAUAUUGUAGUGGUUUGCACAUAUCUCAAGUUAGACUCUUAUGAAUGGUCUUUCCUCUGUCUGAUCAUCUCUUCCUUACUCUUUAACUUCCCUAUAAUGUAAACUGUCUAUCACACAAAGCCUUGUUCCUCCUUCUACCUGUGUUAACUAAAAAGUAUCUCCUUGACAGCACACUGAAGAUGAGGCGAGCACCUCUGACUCCGGGGCUGCAGCUGGAGCCGCCUCCACCUCUUCCUCAGCCGCCAACAACAACAGCCACCCGAUUGAACCCCAAAUACGCCGCCCCCGUAGCCUCAGUUCCCCUACUGUUACCCUGUCCACCCCCUUAGAGGUGAGAUUAUCCAGCCUGUCCUGUAGGACUUCCUUACUUUCUAUCUAUCUUCCUUCCUUCCUCUUCUUUGUUGGAGAUGAGAGCGCACCACCACCACCCUACCCGCCCUCUAGACAACAUCUCCUUUCUUUCCUCCCUUGUUCCGUCAUCUCCUUUCCUCCCGUCUAUCAUUCUCAUAUCCUUCUACCUCUCCUCUCUCUUUCAGGUUCAGCCCUUCUUCCAUCUCCUUUCCUCCCGUCUAUCAUUCUCAUAUCCUUCUACCUCUCCUCUCUCUUUCAGGUUCAGCCCUUCUUCCAUCUCCCUUCCUUCCUCUAACAUUCUCAUGUCCUUUCAACUGCCUCUGUCUCUUUCAGGUUCAGCCCUUCUUCCAUCUCCCUUCCUUCCUCUAACAUUCUCAUGUCCUUUCAACUGCCUCUGUCUCUUUCAGGUUCAGCCCUUCUUCCAUCUCCCUUCCUUCCUCUAACAUUCUCAUGUCCUUUCAACUGCCUCUGUCUCUUUCAGGUUCAGCCCCUUCUUCCAUCUCCCUUCCUUCCUCUAACAUUCUCAUGUCCUUUCAAACUGCCUCUGUCUCUUUCAGGUUCAGCCCUUCUUCCAUCUCCCUUCCUUCCUCUAACAUUCUCAUGUCCUUUCAACUGCCUCUGUCUCUUUCAGGUUCAGCCCUUCUUCCAUCUCCCUUCCUUCCUCUAACAUUCUCAUGUCCUUUCAACUGCCUCUGUCUCUUUCAGGUUCAGCCCUUCUUCCAUCUCCCUUCCUUCCUCUAACAUUCUCAUGUCCUUUCAACUGCCUGUCUCUUUCAGGUUCAGUAACACUCUGCUGCCUUGCUGCCUGCCACUGUUCUCUGCUCCUCUCUUCCCUUGACCAUUGUAAUGCUAUUUACCUCAUUUACUCCUCAUCUGCCAGUACUUUCACCACCUUCAGUUUAAUCUUAUGUUACGGUGUGAGAGCGUCUUUCAUCUGAAGAUCAUUUUGAAGCGUACAUUUAGUUUACAAACACCGCUACCUUCAGGCAAUGUCAUUCAAUUCAGUAAUCUGAAUUUCAUAAUGGAUUUCAAUGGCUGAAAUCUGACUCUGUUGAACCAUGUGAGGCAUGGCUUGGUUUAGCUGUGAUCAGGGAAACAUGUUUUCCCUUUUCUAAUCCCCUCAACAUAUGAUCUCUCCACCCAGAGUGAACUAAGGCUACAUCCCAAAUGGCAACCUAUUCCCUACAUAGUCCGUAUUGGGUUCUGGUCCAAAAGUUGGGCACUACAUAGAGAACAGGGGGACAUUUGGGACGUAGCUUAUGCAAUGAAAGCUUUUGUUUUUGUUCUCCAUGUGACACGUUUACCUGUGAUUGGUCUAGGCUUUGUGACAGUAGGGCACAGCCCAACUUUAUUGGUUACAUGAUGCAAUAAGCCAAAGUGCACUAGAUGUAAGAAGAGGGACAUAUUAUGUGGUGGACCUGACGGCUCUGAUGUGUGAUUUGAUAAACCACACAACAGGGUUCUGUUACAUCCCCUGUGUGUUAACCUCGCCCCCAGGCUAUGGGUGGAAGGAAGUGUCUUAAUUGAGCUUCCGGAAAAUAUAAUCUGGUUCCCAGAGUCCACAACCACAGACGUGACAGUCUACACAGCCCAUUGUUACAUGUAUCAACCUCAUCUAAAAGUCGCGGACGUAUGUCACAAUAGAUUGAGUGGCUCUGCUGCGUCACUGCUUUAAUAUCUGAAGCAAGCUUUAGGCUGGAAGGGAAUGGGAUGUGUGGGACAAAGCUCACCCUGUUAUCUCUGUCUGUCAUACCCUUUGUUAAGCCUUAUUGUGGCAUUGAAUCAUUUGUAUACACUUUCUGAAAAGGGAAAGCAAUAUAGAAUGGCUGAGAAUAACAUUUUAUGAUGCUUCUUAAGAGAUGACAAAUGGUGUCAUAUAUUCCCAGUUCAAUGUGUUGAUAAUACGCUUUCUGAGAACUCCGUGGCAGUGGAAUGUGUUUUUCUAAGAUUGUCUUUUUAACGAUGUCUUUUGAUUUCUGCCACCACUUGAUUGAGAAUGUUUUAUUACCCAUAUACAGUUGAAGUCGGAAGUUUACAUACACCUUAGCCAAAUACAUUUAAACUCAGUUUUUCACAAUUCCUGACAUUUAAUCCUAGUAAAAAUUCCCUGUCUUAGGUCAGUUAGGAUCACCACUUUAUUUUAAGAAUGUGAAAUGUCAGAAUAAUAGUAGAGAGAAUGAUUUAUUUCAGCUUUUAUUUAUUUCAUCACAUUCCCAGUGGGUCAGAAGUUUACAUACACUCAAUUAGUAUUUGGUAGCAUUGCCUUUAAAUUGUUUAACUUGGGUCAAAUGUUUCGGGUAGCCUUCCACAAGCUUCCCACAAUAAGUUGGGUGAAUUUUGGCCCAUUCCUCCUGACAGAGCUGGUGUAACUGAGUCAGGUUUGUAGGCCUCCUUGUUCACACACGCUUUUUCAGUUCUGCCCACAAAUUUUCUAUAGGAUUGAGGUCAGGGCUUUGUGAUGGCCACUCCAAUAUCUUGACGUUGUUGUCCUUAAGCCAUUUUGCCACAACUUUGGAAGUAUGCUUGGGGUCAUUGUCCAUUUGGAAGACCCAUUUGCGACCAAGCUUGAACUUCCUGACUGAUGUCUUGAGAUGUUGCUUCAAUAUAUCCACAUAAUUUUCCUUCCUCAUGAUGCCAUCUAUUUUGUGAAGUGCACCUGUCCCUCCUGCAGCAAAGCACCCCCACAGCAUGAUGCUGCCACCCCAGUGCUUCACGGUUGGGAUGGUGUUCUUCGGCUUGCAAGCAUACCCCUUUUUCCUCCAAACAUAACGAUGGUCAUUAUGGCCAAACAGUUGUAUUUUUGUUUCAUCAGACCAGAGGACAUUUCUCCAAAAAGUAUGAUCUUUGUCCCCAUGUGCAGUUGCAAACCGUAGUCUGGCUUUUUUUAUGGAGGUUUUGGAGCAGUGGCUUCUUGCUUGUUGAGCGACCUUUCAGGUUAUGUCGAUAUAGGACUCGUUUUACUGUGGAUAUAGAUACUUUUGUACCUGUUUCCUCCAGCAUCUUCACAAGGUCCUUUGCUGUUGUUGUGGAAUUUAUUUGCACUUUUCGCACCAAAGUACGUUAAUCUCUAGGAAACAGAACGCGUCUCCUUCCUGAGCGGUAUGAUGGCUGCGUGGUCCCAUGGUGUUUAUACUUGCGUACUAUUGUUUGUACAGAUGAACGUGGUUUGAAGUUUGAAGGUAGGCCUUGAAAUACAUCCACAGGUACACCUCCAAUUGACUCAAAUUAUGUCAAUUAGCCUAUCAGAAGCUUCUAAAGCCAUGACAUCAUUUUCUGGAUUUUUCCAAGCUGUUUAAAGGCACAGUCAAUUUAGUGUAUGUAAAUGUCUGACCCACUGGAAUUGUGAUACAAUGAAUUAUAAGUUAAAUAAUCUGUCUGUAAACAAUUGUUGGAAAAAUUACUUGUGUCAUGCACAAAGUAGAUGCCAAAACUAUAGUUUGUUACCAAGACAUUUGUGGAGUGGUUGAAAAACGAGUUUUAAUGACUCCAACCUAAGUGUAUGUAAACUUCCGACUUCAACUGUAGGUUAUAGAGGGUGCUGUAUUAGAUAUCCAGGCGGAAGGAGAGCACCAGAGCAAUGUUUCUUUGGGUCAUCUAGAAGGUGUGUCAGUGACCUGUGUUCGGGUGAUGUUGAAAUGUUACAUAAUCGUGAUUAAGUGAGGUUCGCAGCUGUUGGCCCUAUCAGGUUAACCUCUGUCAUCACUGUGUGUGUGUCGGGUUGUCUGUGCGUGUGAGCUUAGCCUUAUAUUCAGGGGAACGUUGUUGUGUUCUGAAAGAUUAUGGGCCUUUUUUUUUUUUGUGUGGUAUAAAAACCUCAGUCUAAGCUGUCUACUUGUGGAAAAAUCACCCUGAUUAACUCUUUAGUCAUAUCCCAGUUUACCUAUUUGCUUAUGGUCUUGCCUCUGUGGAGAUGGGAGAACCUUCCAGAAGGACAACCAUCUUUGCAGCACUCCACCAAUCAAGCCUUUAUGGUAGAGUGGUUAGACGGAAGCCACUCCUCAGUAAAAGGCAUGACAGCCCGCUUGGAGUUUUUUAAAAGGCACCUGAAGGACUCUCAGACCAUGAGAAACAAGAUUAUCUGGUCUGAUGAAACCAAGAUUGAACUCUUUGGCAUGAAUACCAAGCGUCACGUCUGGAGGAAACCUGGCACCAUCUCUACGGUGAAGCAUGGUGGUGGCAGCAUCAUGCUGUGGGAAUGUUUUUCAGCGGCAGGGACUGGGAGACUAGUCAGGAUAAAGGGAAAGAUGAACGGAGCAAAGUACAGAGAUCCUUGAUGAAAACCUGCUCCAGAGUGCUCAGGACCUCAGACUAGGGUGAAGGUUCACCUUCCAACAGGACAACGACCCUAAGCACACAUCCAAGACAACGCAGGAGUGGCUUCGGGACAAGUCUCUGAAUGUCCUUGAGUGGCCCAGCCAGAGCCCGGACUUGAACCCGAUCAAACAUCUCUGGAGAGACCUGAAAAUAGCUGUGCAGCGACGCUCCAAAUCCAACCUGACAGAGCUUGAGAGGAUCUGCAGAGAAGAAUGGGACAAACUCCCCAAAUACAGGUGUGCCAAGCUUGCAGGGUCAAACCCAAGAAGACUCGAGGUUGUAAUUGCUGCCAAAGAUGCUUCAACAAAGUACUGAGUAAAGGGUCUGAAUACUUAUGUAAAUGUGAUAUUUCCAUUUUAGAUUUUUUAUAAAUUUGCAAAAAUGUCUAAAAACAUGAUUUUGAUUUGUCAUUAUGGGUGUAUUGAUGAGAAAAAACUAAACAAUUUAAUCAAUUUUAGAAUAAGGCUUUAACCUAACAAAAUGAGGAAAAAGUCAAGGGGUCUGAAUACUUUCCGAAUGCACUGUACUUCCAUUCAUUUUUUCAACUGGUACCGGGGACCUUAAGAUGAGUCUUGUGAGGCUUUUGGGCGUUCUAGCAAAACAACCGACAUGUACGUGUUCGUGAGAGUCUCACCUUUCCACAGAAGGGUCAUAUUAGUGUGUAGUCCAAACUGUUCGGACGCUACAGAGAGAAGGUGGCAGAAGAGGCUGGUAAGCCCACAGUUAAUUACACUAACGGGCCUCACGUCACAUGUAUUAUGCUGCAUUACCUUAGAAACCAGGUGAUCAAGGUUGUUGGCUCAAUUAGCAGUUGGCACGGUAAUACAAUGCAAAUACAAAAUGAAAAAAGUUGUUUUAAUGGCAGCCUCCGCUCAGAGUGGGGCGGAACUGUGUCUAGAGAGGUAAACUGGUAGGAGAGUUAAUUAAAGAUUGGAAGGAAGAGGAGGGACUGGGGAGGUGUUUUUCUUAGACUGACAGAGAGAGUAGAUUGAGGUGAAGUCCUCAACUUGUCAAAGUGGUAAUUAACAUUUUUCAUAGGAGAUAACAGAAUAAUUAAGACAAUCUUUUCUCUCGUAUUAAAAGUCAGAUAUCAUCAAGGAACAGAAAGAGAAUGUGUUUUUAAGGGGAAUUUAGGUACUUGCCUAAUUAAGUUGAACAUGUUUGCUUUAAAAGUGAUUAGGAAGUUAGGAAGACUGUAGAUAUCAGAACACUAUUGUUGCUACUUGCUAGGAAUGUCCUUGGUGUGCGCACACAGGAGGUAAAGACAUCAAUAUGAGUCCUUAAUUCACAUUAUAAUCUGUCCAAUUGGGUUCUGUCCUACUCUAGGGGGCGGCCAACAACAUAGCGGUGCGUCGGGCGGUGAAGGACACCCUCUCCAACCCCCAGUCUCCCCAACCCUCCCCCUACAGCUCCCCCAAGUCAGGACACCAGUCCCAGCAGAGCUUCCUGCCCCCGGGGUGGGAGAUGAGGAUAGCACCCAACGGAAGACCCUUCUUCAUAGACCACAACAGCAGGCUCACCACAUGGGUGAGAUGAUACUGAUACUUCUAGUUCUUCUUCUCCUCCCCUUCCCCUUGGCCCUACCCCUACCCCUUCCCCUUUGCCCUACCCCUUCCCCUUGGCCCUACCCCUUCCCCUUGGCCCUACCCCUUCCCCUUCCCCUUGGCCCUACCCCUUCCCCUUGGCCCUACCCCUACCCCUUGGCCCUACCCCUACCCCUUGGACCUUCCCCUUGGCCCUACCCCUACCCCUUGGCCCUACCCCUACCCCUUGGCCCUACCCCUACCCCUUCCCCUUGGCCCUUGGCCCUACCCCUUCCCCUUGGCCCUGUUAACUGCUGCUGUCUGAUAAUAAUGCUAACCAUUUGUUUUAUGUUCUUAUGACUGUUAGUACUUUAAAUGUUUUUAUUGACCUGCCCAGGGACUAUAGAUGAACAUUAGCUGGUUGGCUAAAUCUGGCUUUUAUACAGAUUGUUGAUCAAUGCAAAUUGGCGAUGGUGAUGUUCUGCCAAGUUGGCGAACAGCCUAAAAAAUGCUUUCUGUGCAGACCCAUUUGUCUUAAUGCAAUUAUCAUCAAUUAGUCUAGUGGAGCUGCUCUGACUGUGGCGUUUUUAAAACCAAAGUGUCAGAGCCAACAGCUCUAGUCUACAGUGUACUGAAAAGCCAGGGGAUAGUCUUCUAAGGGGGCGAUGCCGACCUCUGGUGUCCAAAAGUAGUAUCAAAACAAUUCUCAAUCUCAUUUCGUCAACCCCACUCAGCAUAUGCAGUAGUUGGACCUCUUGAGAAAAAUGAAUCAAUUCGAGUGUAAUAGGAGAGAUGGUAUUGAAUGGGGUUUCUUCCAGACGAAGUGGGGAAAUUAAUUUUUGUGUGGUUAAGGAAGAUUGUGUGGAUAGUUAUCUCUCUGAAAUUAAAUGAUUGCCCCCUCCUGUGUCAAAUUGACAGCACAUUGGAUUAUUUAGAUUUUAACAUUCUGAUGGUUCUCCCUCUGUCUCUCUCUCCAUUCUCACUCACUCCUUUCUCUCUCGUUCUCUCCUUUCUCUCUCUCUCUCCGUCUCCUCUUUUCUCCUCUUUCCCCAUCAGGAGGACCCGAGGUUGAAGUAUCCAGUCCACAUGAGAACAAAGGCCUCUCUGGAACCUGGUGACCUGGGGCCUCUUCCUGUAAGUACAGUUCAUAACCUCUUAUGAACCCUUUAUAAGCCCUUCAUAAUCUUUAUAUAUCCUGAAGGACCAAGCACUCUCCAGCUCACCUUUCCUCUGCAAUAUCUUAAUGUAAAAAAAAAUGUAAACAUGAAACAAUCACAUAUCACCUUUACAGAAUGGUGUGAAAUCAUCAAUGUACAAAAUGUGCAGCAUUAAUUGUUGUUGCUUUGAAUAAUUUUCUGUUCUAAGAUUAUAACUAGGGCAGGGACGAUACCAGUAUCACCAUACUCGUUAGUAUUGGGACAAGGAAACAAAACACGAAGUGGAUAUAACUUCUUCAGAUAAACAGAGUCCCAUUACUUUAUUUUCCAAGCUGUAGCACACAAUAUUUUACAUGCAGCAGGUUUUUAAAGGACCAAAGAGUGCGAUCUGCUUCUUGUUUUCAUUUUUGCCAUGGAAAAAAUAUUGCGACACUGGUAUCGUCAGAGCCCUAAUUAAUACCUGCUGACAUAUUGCCUGGUCCUCCUUUUUGAGGUUGCUAUUGUAGAACUGCUUAAGUCAUGGCCUGGCCUGGCAAAGCUUUGGAGUGAAAGCACACUUUACCUUUUGAUUUUGAGUGUAGGAAUGAAGCAAGCCGGGCGGGCACAGUGUGAAAUGAGAGUAUUGCUGAAUUCCAAAUGUGAAUCGAUCUCUAGCAUCUACCACCGAGGAACUCUGUAGAUCUAAAGAGACUGGCUAGGUAUAACUAGGGAUGUGCAUCUUUCCCUUUCAAGAUGAUUCGAUACGUAUCUAGAUAAAUGGGCUUCGAUACGAUACAGGGAACGAUACGUUUUAGUUUGAAACAAUUCGGUUUGAUUAGAGGAACGAGUCGAUGCGAUUCGGUUCGAUGCAAUAGGAACAUUUGUUGCAUAAUCACAUUCAUUUUCCGUUCUAAAUUAAAGUCUAGUGCUUAUGGAGCUCAUGAGCUGGGCCUCUCUGAACUGGAUCUGUGUAUGUGUAAAUUAUGUACAGUUGAAGUCGGAAGUUUACAUACACUUAGGUUGGAGUCAAUAAAACUCGUUUUUUCAACCACUCCACAAAUUUCUUGUUAACAAACUAUAGUUUUGGCAAGUCAGUUAGGACAUCUACUUUGUGCAUGACACAAGUAAUUUUUCCAACAAUUGUUUACAGACAGAUUAUUUCACUUAUAAUUCACUGUAUCACAAUUCCAGUGGGUCAGAAGUUUACAUACACUAAGUUGACUGUGCCUUUAAACAGCUUGGGAAAUACCAGAAAGUGAUGUCAUGGCUUUAGAAGCUUCUGAUAAGCUAAUUGACAUCAAUUGAGUCAAUUGGAUGUGUACCUGUGAAUGUAUUUCAAGGCCUACCUUCAAACUCAGUGCCUCUUUGCUUGACACCAUGGGAAAAUCAAAAGAAAUCAGCCAAGACCUCAGAAAAAAAAUAGUAGACCUCCACAAGUCUGGUUCAUCCUUGGGAGCAAUUUCCAAACGCCUGAAGGUACCACGUUCAUCUGUACAAACAAUCGUACGCAAGUAUAAACACCAUGAGACCACGCAGCCGUCAUACCGCUCAGGAAGGAGACACAUUCUGUCUCCUAGAGAUUAACGUACUUUGGUGCAAAUCAAUCCCAGAACAACAGCAAAGGACCUUGUGAAGAUGCUGGAGGAAACAGGUACAAAAGUAUCUAUAUCCACAGUAAAAUGAGUCCUAUAUCGACAUAACCUGAAAGGCCACUCAGCAAGGAAGAAGCCACUGCUCCAAAACCGCCAUAAAAAAACCAGACUACGGUUUGCAACUGCACAUGGGGACAAAGAUCGUACAUUUGGAGAAAUGUCCUCUGGUCUGAUGAAACAAAAAUAGAACUGUUUGGCCAUAAUGACCAUUGUUAUGUUUGGAGGAAAAAGGGGGGGCUUGCAAGCCGAAGAACACCAUCCCAACCGUGAAGCACGGGGGAGGCAGCAUCAUGCUGUGGGGGUGCUUUUCUACAGGAGGCAUCAUGAGGAAGGAAAAUAAUGUGGAUAUAUAUAUAUUGAAGCAACAUCUCAAGACAUCAGUCAGGAAGUUAAAGCUUGGUCGCAAAUGGGUAUUCCAAAUGGACAAUGACCCCAAGCAUACUUCCUAAGUUGUGGCAAAAUGGCUUAAGGACAACAAAGUCAAGGUAUUGGAGUGGCCAUCACAAAGCCCUGACCUCAAUCCUAUAGAAAAUGUGUGGGCAGAACUGAAAAAGCAUGUGCGAGCAAGGAGGCCUACAAACCUGACUCAGUUACACCAGCUCUGUCAGGAGGAAUGGGCCAAAAUUCACCCAACUUAUUGUGGGAAGCAUGUGGAAUGCUACCCGACACGUUUGACCCAAGUUAAACAAUUUAAAGGCAAUGCUACCAAAUACUGAUUUGAGUGUAUGUAAACUUCUGACCCACUGGGAAUGUGAUGAAAUAAAUAAAAGCUGAAAUAAAUCAUUCUCUCUACUAUUAUUCUGACAUUUCACAUCCUAACUGACCUAAGACAGGGAAUCUUUACUAGGAUUAAAUGUCAGGAAUUGUGAAAAACUGAGUUUAAAUGUAUUUGGCUAAAGUGUAUGUAAACAUCCGACUUCAACUCUAUAUGUCUAUGGUGUAUGUAGACCAUAAGAGAAACUGGGAAUCUACCACCCCACUAUCAGUUAGGGGGGGAAACUCGGCAUCUACCACCCCACUAUCAGUUAGGGGGGGAAACUGGGAAUCUACCACCCCACUAUCAGUUAGGGGGGGAAACUGGCAUCUACCACCCCCCAUUAGGGGGAAACUGGGAAUCUACCACCCCACUAUCAGUUAGGGGGGGAAACUGGGCAUCUACCACCCCCACUAUCAGUUAGGGGGGGAAACUGGGAAUCUACCACCCCACUAUCAGUUAGGGGGGGAAACUGGGCAUCUACCACCCCACUAUCAGUUAGGGGGGGGAAACUGGGCAUCUACCACCCCACUAUCAGUUAGGGGGGGAAACUGGGAAUCUACCACCCCACUAUCAGUUAGGGGGGGAAACUGGGCAUCUACCACCCCACUAUCAGUUAGGGGGGGAAACUGGGCAUCUACCACCCCACUAUCAGUUAGGGGGGGAAACUGGGCAUCUACCACCCCACUAUCAGUUAGGGGGGGGAAACUGGGGCAUCUACCACCCCACUAUCAGUUAGGGGGGGAAACUGGGCAUCUACCACCCCACUAUCAGUUAGGGGGGAAACUGGGCAUCUACCACCCCACUAUCAGUUAGGGGGGAAACUGGGAAUCUACCACCCCACUAUCAGUUAGGGGGGGAAACUGGGAAUCUACCACCCCACUAUCAGUUAGGGGGGGGAAACUGGGAAUCUACCACCCCACUAUCAGUUAGGGGGGGAAACUGGACAUCUACCACCCCACUAUCAGUUAGGGGGAUGUUAGGGGGGGAAACUGGUCAUCUACUAUAACUUUAUAUACCCUGUAUAUCUAAAAAUGACCAUAUAUACUGAUUGUUUCAAGCAAAACUACCAAAACUAUUGCUGAUGGUGAACCUGAACAAUCCAAAUAUAAUCUAAUGUAAGCCCAGAUCAGCAUGUAUAGGCAGAUGACUGUAGUCUCUUUAGCUUUCAUUUUUAAGGCUACUUUUAUUCCGGUAAAACAAUAUUUUCAGCCAUGCAUUUGAUAAAAAAUAACCUAGCAAAUUACAUUGGUUGUCACUCAACUAAUGAAGCCUAAUUCCGCGCAGAUCAUUAUACAAACAUUUGAAUGCUGAAGGUGACGAGCAGAUGUGCCAGAUCAGGAAUAGGCCUACCUCUCGUUGGUCAGCGUGCAGUUUGACAAGGCUACUGAUACUGCCUGGGGUUGUUCUGCAAAAUGGCUUGUAGAUCAAUGACUGUCAACAUGCUUAGUUUGACACUGAAGGAGAGGACGCAGUUGUCACAAAAUAUAAGGUAUUUUCUGAAGGUUGAAAGAAAGUAAUACUUUUUUUUAAACUAAAAAGUGAACCGGCAAUUCGUAACGUUUGAGUCUAUUUCCUGACCGAUGCAUGCUACAUUUGGAUCGGUUUGGGGUACCGCAGAACGAUGCGCUCAUAUCUUGAACAUUUGAACCUGGGACCGAUGCUUAUCAGUGAAUCGUUACAUCCAUACGUAUAAGCAGGAAGGGUGUGUUCAUUAGGGCGAUAUGGGCGACGCACUGCCAAACGGGAAAAGGAAGGGAUUUUUUUUCUAAUCAAUUAUAUCACGGCAACAGUAGUUAUCAGUGUUCUAAUCUAGACGUCUGAUCUGCCACUAAAUGUCCAAUCAGGCUAAAGUCGUGCUUCAAAUGGCCCCUCCCCUUUUGGGGCGAUUUCAGUCAGGUUGAAAAUCGCCCCAGAAGUCUCUCAUAGACUCUCAUGUAAAAUCUUUUUUUUUCAAAUAUCAGAGCUUUCAAUACAAUCUCUAUGGGUUCCGGGAGGGCUUGCACUUACGCGCUUUCGUCAUACGUAACAUAACCAUGAACGUAACUAAGAAAAGAGCGGGUAGCAGCGUCAAUCAAUUCACGUACUACUGUCAAGAUGGCUAGCGUUCAGUGCAACUCGAUUGUCUCUUUGAAAGAAGUUCCUUUUUGUCGGCGAACAAAUCAAGAUAAAUUGGCAACGAAACAAUUAGGACCUCCCAGACCAAAUUUAAUAAUUCAACAGGUUUCUACUAAAGGGGGAAAGUCCUACACCCGAGGAUUUUCCAAAAAUUGGUACGAACGAAAAACCUGGCUAGCAGGCUGCGAUGUAGCUAAUGCAGUCUUCUGCUACCCCUGCUUACUCUUUCACCCUGAAGGCGGCACGGCAGACAGCACCGCUUGGACAGCGACUGGUGUAACGGACAUGCACCAUCUUUCAGAAAAGAUUAAGAAACAUGAGCUGUCAAAGACCCACAUGGAUAGCUGUUUGAGAUUGUCUGCUUUGGGGAGAGUGAACAUUGCCACUCAACUGGAUGAGGGAUACAGGCUAGCUGUCCGCCGCCACAACGAUGAGGUUAGCAAGAACCGCCACAUCCUCAGCCGGCUAAUCCAGUGUGUGAAGUUUUAUUAAGUAGCACUUUGGUCAUAUCCUACAUUCCACAAAAUGUAGUUCUAAAGAUCCACUUCAGUGUUGCCAGAUCUCGCGAGACAAAUAAGCAACCAGGCCUGUGAAAAAAAAGCCCAAAACAAGCAACUUUUUCUACGGAGCCCCCCUAGGUUCUGGGUGUAGGUCACCUAAAUCAUCAGAAAAAUUGCCCCCCCUGAGAAUUUUUUCAGGAGCCGCCACUGCGUAUAAGUAAUAGGUAUAAGCAAUUCUCACAAUUUUUGAAAACCACUUCGAGGAGGAUGCACACACUUGACAUGUAGCUACACCCCUUAUUCUUCUAAAUGAAAUGAGGCUUCCUGGCAGUAGUGGUGUUUUUGUUUUCUCUCUGUUCUCUCCAUGGCGUGGGGGGGGGACGUCUACGUCUUAUGUGCCACGCCCGUCUUACUGGCAGACCCUACCAAACCUACCAGAGGAGGUUGGUGCUGAAUGCAACCGUACAGCGCAGCCUCCCUCUGCCUGCCUUGUCUUACUGUGACUGCCUGCCCUGUGCCCCGUGCUGCAGACUCUCUCAUAACUGGCAUGAUGGUUGGAUGACUGUGUUGUCUCACCCACACCCCAUCGCUCCCCCCCUCCUCUCUCUAUGCUCGUCCCCCCAUCACCCCCUUCUCAUUCUCCAUCAGAGUCCCCAAGCCCCCACUCAGGCCCCCCAGACUGCACAAUGUUCAGUGUCUGGGAGGAUAGUGGAGGGGGUAGUGGUCCGCAGGGAGGGUAGUGGUCCCCAGGGAUGGUAGUGAAGAGGGUAGUGUUCUCCAGGGAGGGUCGUGAAGAGGGUAGUGCUCUCCAGGGAGGGUCGUGAAGAGGGUAGUGCUCCCCAGGGAGGGUCGUGAAGAAGGUAGUGCUCCCCAGGGAGGGUCGUGAAGAAGGUAGUGCUCCCCAGGGAGGUUCGUGAAGAGGGUAGUGCUCCCCAGGGAGGGUCGUGAAGAGGGUUGUGGUCCCCAGGGAGGGUCGUGGUCCCUAGGGAGGGUCGUGAAGAGGGUAGUGGUCUCCAGGGAGGGUCGUGAAGAGGGUAGUGAUCCCCAGGGAGGGUUGUGAAGAGGGUAGUGCUCUCCAGGGAGGGUGUGAAGAGGGUAAUGCUCCCCAGGGAGGGUCGUGCUCCCCAGGGAGGGUCGUGAAGAGGGUAGUGGUCCCCAGGGAGGGUAGUGGUCCCCAGGGAGGGUAGUGAAGAGGGUAGCGGUCCCCAGGGAGGGUAGUGAAGAGGGUAGCGGUCCCCAGGGAGGGUAGUGGUCCCCAGGGAGGGUAGUGAAGGGGUAGUGGUCCUCAGGGAGGGUAGUGAAGAGGGUAGCGGUCCCCAGGGAGGGUAGUGAAGAGGGUAGUGGUCCCAGGAGGAGUGUCCAGGAGGUAGUGAAGGGGUAGCGGUCCCCAGGGAGGGUAGUGAAGAGGGUAGCGGUCCCCAGGGAGGGUAGUGAAGAGGGUAGCGGUCCCCAGGGAGGGUGAAUAGGGUGCGGUCCCCAGGGAGGGUAGUGAAGGGUAGGGUCCCCUGGGGUAGCGUCCCCAGGGUAGGGUAGUUAACGAGGGUAAGCGGUCCCCAGGGAGGGUUAGUGGUCCCCAGGGAGAGUAGUGAAGAGGGUAGCGGUCCCAGGGAGGCGUAAGGUGGUCCCCAGGGAGGGUAGUGGUCCCCAGGGAGGGUAGUGAAGAGGGUAGUGGGGUCCCCCAGGGGUGGUAAGUGGAAGAGGGUAGUGGUCCCCAGGAAGAGUAGUGAAGAGGGUAGUGGUCCCCAGGGAGAUUAGUGAAGAGGGUAGUGGUCCCCAGGGAGAUUAGUGAAGGGGGUAGCGGUCCUCAAGGAGGGUAGUGAAGAGGGUAGUUGUCCACUCUAUUCUGGUGUGCUGCAUGAUGUGAGUGACCUCCCCUUUAUUUUCCCAGUCUCCACCAUAUGAAGCGAAGGUAAUGGUAUGGUGGUCUUCCUCCUGAUACACCGCCGUCUCUCUACCCGACUGAGACUGGGACAGGGUCAGACUGAAGCUAGUGGACUAAUCUAAUCUCACCCCUGGCCCGCUCUGUCCCACAGUCCCACUGACAGUCAGUGUGUUUGUGGCUCGCUGUGUCACUGUGGUCACUGUGUCGAUGGUGGUGUACUGUACUGGUCUGGAUUGUCACUGUAUCGAUGGUGUACUGGUCUGGAUGGAUGUGCUGGUAUUACCAGGUGUCACUCCUUCCCUGCUGUCUGUCAUCCCCCGUCUGUCUGAGUCAGUUACUCACUGUGCUCUCUCCUCUCUAGCCUGGCUGGGAGGAACGGGUGCAUGCAGACGGCAGGACCUUCUACAUCGACCACAGUAAGUUCUAGUGCUCUCCCUUUCUUCUGUGUUAACGUAUUGAUUGUUUUCUAUCUCUUUCUCUUGGAUACUUGAAGAAUUUCUCUCUCCCCCUCUCAAACAGUCAGACAGUGUCUCUCUCUCUCUUUUUCCGCCAUUGAAGUCCCCGGGAUCACUACCAUCCCUGUGGACCACUAUCCUCUUCACUAACCUCCCUAAGCGUUUUUUCGGGUCGCCUAAGUCCAAAAAGUGUAAAAAUUAAUAAGAAUACACUCAUCAGCCAGUUUAUUACGUACACCACCCCGUUCACGAAAAUGUAUCGCUCCUACAGACAUUUAGUCACGUGGCCGGCAGACAGGCAUCGAGGCUUUCAGUUACUGUUUGAUUUAACGUUAGAAUGGGUAAAACGAGUGACCUGAGCAACUUUGAGCAUGGUAUGAUCGUCGGUGCCAGGCGUGCCACAUCCAGGAUCACAGAAACGGACGUUAGUGUUUAGGGUUUACUGAGAAUAAUGCGACAAUCAAAAUGCAUCCAGUCAGCGGCAGUCCUGUGGGCAAAACGUUUCCGACACCUUUUAGAAUGCCCCAAAGAAUUCAGGCUGUUCUGGAAGCAAAGGGGGGUCCAACCCGGUGCUAGAUGGGUGUACCUAAUAAUAAACUGGGUGGUGAGUAUAUACAGUGCAUUCGGAAAGUAUUCAGACCCCUUGACUUUUUCCACAUUUUGUUACGUUGCAGCCUUACUCUAAAAUGGAUUAAAUAAAUGUUUGUCCUCAUCAAUCUGCACACAAUACCCCAUAAUGACAAAGUCAAAACAGGUUUGUAGAAAUGUCUGCACACUUAUUAAAGACCCUUUGCUAUGAGACUCGAAAUUGAGCUCAGGUGCUUCCUGUUUCAGUUGAUCAUCCUUGGAUGUUUCUACAACUUCAUUGGAGUCCACCUUUGGUAAAUGCAAUUGAUUGGACAUGAGAAACAAGAUUCUCUGGUCUGAUGAAACCGAGAUUGAGCUCUUUGGCCUGAAUGCCAGGCGUCACGUCAGGAGGAAACCUGGCACCAUCCCUACGGUGAAGCAUGGUGGUGGCAGCAUCAUGCUGUGGGGAUGUUUUUCAGCGGCAGGGACGGAGCAAAGUGCAGAGAGAUCCUUGAUAAAAACCUGCUCCAGAGCGCUCAGGACCUCAGACUGGGGCGAAGGUUCACCUUCCAACAGGACAACGACCCUAAUCACUCAGCCAAGACAAUGCAGGUGUGGCUUCGGGACAGGUCUCUGAGUGGCGCACUCAUGGGCGGCGCACAAUUGGCCCAGCGUCGUCCAGGGUAGGGGAGGGAAUGGCCGGCAGGGAUGUAGCUCAGUUGAUAGAGCAUGGCGUUUGCAACGCCAGGGUUGUGGGUUCGAUUCCCACGGGGGGCCAGUAUAAAAAAAUAAAAUAAAAUAAAUGUAUUCACUAACUGUAAGUCGCUCUGGAUAAGAGCGUCUGCUAAAUGACUAAAAUGUAAAAUGUAAAUGUAUAUUUCAGGUUUUAAUUUUUAAUACAUUUGCAAAAAUGUCAAAAAAACUGGUUUUUGCUUUGUCAUUCUGGGGUAUUGUGUGUAGAUUGAUGAGGGGAAAAAAGCAAUUUAAUCAAUUUUAGAAAAGGCGUUUCACCGGGAUGCUGGCCCAUGUUGACUCCAAUGCUUCCCACAGUUGUGUCAAGUUGGCUGGAUGUCCUUUGGGUGGUGGACCAUUCUUGAUACACAAUGUAUGUGGUCCUCUGUAGCUCAAUUGGUAGAGCAUGGCGCUUGUAACGCCAGGGUAGUGGGUUCGAUCCCCGGGACCACCCAUACGUAAAUAUUUAUGCACACAUGACUGUAAGUCGCGUUGGAUAAAAGCGUCUGCUAAAUGGCAUGUUAUUAUUAUUAUUAUUACAAGGGAAACUGUUAAGCGUGAAAAACCCAGCAGCGCUGCAGUUCUUGACACACUCAAACCGGUGCACCUGGCACCUACUACCAUACCCUGUUCAAAGGCACUUAAAUCUUUUGUCUUGCCCAUUCACCCUCUGAAUGGCACACAUACACAAUCCAUGUCUCAAUUGUUUCAAGGCUUAGAAAUCCUUAUUUAACCUGUCUCCUCCCCCUUCAUCUACACUGAUUGAAGUGGAUUUAACAAGUUACAUCAAUAAGGGAUCAUAGCUUUCACCUGGAUUCACCUGGUCAGUCUGUCAUGGAAAGAGCAGGUUCUUAAUGUUUUGUAUACUAUAUAUAUAUAUAUAUAUAUACACACACAAAUGUAUUAGUUUUCAGGAUGGAAAAACGUUUUCAGUGUAAUCUUAAACUGCUAAAACCAGAUAAAAAUGUUCUAUAAAAGAUAAUGGACCUUUUUAUAUUUUUUAAUAAUCUAAUCUUUGAGAACUAACAAUGACCAAAAUAAAAGUGAGGGAGAAUCGAAAAUUCCCAAAACAAUUAAUUUAGCUGUAUUGAUUUUGUUAUGUUUGAGAAAAAGAACACAGCAUUCGCCAUGGCAAAAUGCAUAGAAUUGCAGGAAAUUUGCUUUAAAACUGCUAAAUGUUCUCUCAGCUCCAUGGCAAGAUGUGUAGAAUUGCAGGAAAUUGGCUUAAAAAAUGUCUCUACACCACCAACAUGGGGGCCUCUACAAUCUUCCCAUUGCCACACCCCGCCACGCCCCCUGCCACGCCCACCACCUAAACCCCUUCCUCAUCCAGAAAGAACCUGGAGAGCUAGUCUCUCUCUCUCUCCGUCUGUCCUGGGUAUCACUGUAGAGCUAGUCUCUCUCUCUCUCUCUCUCCGUCUGUCCUGGGUAUCACUGUAGAGCUAGUCUGUCUGUCUGUCUCUCUCCAUCUGUCUGAAUGUUGUCCUCAUAGAUCAGUACCUCUGAAUCUUUACGUAUCAGGUUACCUGCAUUCAUUAUUCAAUGCUUCACAGUGUGCUCAAUUUAACAAGCAGGAUGUCUGCAAUCAGCGUUCAGUGUUGUGGCUGACUGACUCAUUGAGUGAGUGAUGGAAUGGAUUUCACUGACUCACAAAUGACACUAAAUAAUUUGAAGAUUUUGUUUCUGCUACUGCUUUGUCAUGGUAUAUUACAGUAUACAUAUAACCAUAUUCCUGACUGUUAUUUUGUCACCUUCAGACACCAAAGCCACUCAAUGGGAGGAUCCUCGUCUACAGAGCCCCGCUAUCACAGGGCCUGUGAGUAUCUCUGGUUUACUACGAAGCAAAGAUAUUGUCACCCAUAGAGGUCCUAUUAAAUUACUAGAGGGGCUAUGUCCAUUGUCUCACGUCAGAUAGUGUGACGCCGUCUGCACUGAUCUGUCUAACUCGCAAACACUCAUGGCAUAGCUAAAAAGACUACAAUAUGCUGGCCUAACAUUAGAAAAUGUUACCAAGGUGACAUCGUCCACUGAACCCCCUGUCAUCGUCAAAGAGUCAGGUUAACUACCAAAAAAAAAGAUAAACCUGUAGCUACAUUGACAGGGGUUUUCAUGAGCCCUACCUUAUUCUACGUCUAGCUUAGGCGUUUUGUGGUGGUAGAAUCAGUAGUUAUGAAAUCAAAGUCACAAAUUGCUAGCUGUUAUGCUUGUUGAACCAGUCUCAAAUCUAUCCAAAUUAAACAAAAGGCAGGGAUGCUACCAUCGCCAGUUCAUUCAAGCUUCUUGAAUAUACGCCUAAUCAAAUCCAAUCAAAUUAAUUUGCCACAUGCGCCGAAUACACAGGUGUUGACAUUACCGUGAAAUGCUAUUACAGCCCGUUAACCAACAACCAUUUUUUUUAUAAAAAAGUAAAUAAAACCAACAACAAAAGUGUUGAGAAAAAAAGCAGAAGUAAAAUAAAAUAACAGUAGGGAGGCUAUAUAUACAGGGGGGUACCGGUGCAGAGUCAAUGUGCGGGGGCACCGGCUAGUUGAGGUAAUAUGUACAUGUGGGUAGAGUUAAAGUGACUAUGCAUAAAUAAUUAACAGAGUAGCAGCAGCGUAAAAAGAUGGGGUGGGGGGGGCAGAGCAAAUAGUCCGGGUAGCCAUGAUUAGCUGUUAAGGAGUCUUAUGGCUUGGGGGUAGAAGCUGUUGAGAAGCCUUUUGGACCUAGACUUGGCACUCUGGUACCGCCUAUGACUAGGGUUGUCUUUGACAAUUUUGAGGGCCUUCCUCUGACAACGCCUGGUAUAGUGGUCCUUGAUGGCAGGGAGCUUGGCCCCAGGGUUGUACUGGGCCGUACGCACUACCCUCUGUAGUGCUUUGCGGUCGGAGGCCGAGCAGUUGCCAUACCAGGCGGUGAUGCAACCAGUCAGGAUGCUCUCAGGUGGUGCAGCUGUAGAACCUUUUGAGGAUCUGAGGACCCAUGCAAAAUCUUUUCAGUCUCCUGAGGGGGAAUAGGCUUUGUCGUGACCUCUUCACGACUGUCUUGGUGUGUUUGGACCAUGAUAGUUCGUUGGUGAUGUGGACACCAAGGAACUUGAAGCUCUUAACCUGUUCCACUACAGCCCCGUCGAUGAGAAUGGGGGCGUGCUCAGUCCUCUUUUUUUUCCCUGUAGUCCACAAUCAUCUCCUUUGUCUUGGUCACGUUGAGGGAGAGGUUGUUGUCCUGGCACCACACGGCUAGGCCUCUGACCUCCUCCCUAUAGGCUGUCUCAUCGUUGUCGGUGAUCAGGCCUACCACUGUUGGAGUCGUGCCUGGCCAUGCAGUCAUGGGUGAACAGGGAGUACAGGAGGGGACUGAGCACGCACCCCUGAGGGCCCCCCGUGUUGAGGAUCAGCGUGACAGAUGUGUUGUUACAUUUACAUUUUACAUUUUAGUCAUUUAGCAGACGCUCUUAUCCAGAGCGACUUACAGUUAGUGAGUGCAUACAUUUUCAUACUGGCCCCCCGUGGGAAGCUGUACCUACCCUUUCCACCUGGGGGCGGCCCGUCAGGAAGUCCAGGAUCCUUAGCUUAGUGAUGAGCUUUGAGGGCACUAUGAUGUUGAACGCUGAGCUGUAGUCAAUGAAUAGCAUUCUCACGUAGGUGUUCCUCUUGUCCAGGUGGGAAAGGGCAGUGUGGAGUGCAAUAGAGAUUGCAUCAUCUGUGGAUCUGUUGGGGCGGUAUGCAAAUUGGAGUGGGUCUAGGGUUUCUGGGAUAAUGGUGUUGAUGUGAGCCAUGACCAGCCUUUCAAAGCACUUCAUGGCUACAGACGUCAGUGCUACGGAUCGGUAGUCAUUUAGGCAGGUUAUCUUAGUGUCCUUGGGCACGGGGACUAUGGUGGUCUGCUUGAAACAUGUUGGUAUUACAGACUCAUUCAGGGACAUGUUGAAAAUGUCGGUGAAGACACUUGCCAGUUGGUCAGCACAUGCUCAGAGUACACGUCCUGGUAAUCCGUCUGGCCCUGCGGCCUUGUGAAUGUUGACCUGCUUAAAAGUCUUACUCACAUCGGCGACGGAGAGCGUGAUCACAUAGUCAUCCGGAACAGCUGGUGCUCUCAUGCAUGCUUCAGUGUUGCUUGCCUCGAAGCGAGCAUAGAAGUGGUUUUGCUCGUCUGGUAGGCUUGUGUCACUGGGCAGCUCGCGGCUGUGCUUCCCUUUGUAGUCUGUAAUAGUUUUCAAGCCCUGCCACAUCCGACGAGCAUCAGAGCCGGUGUAGUACGAUUCAAUCUUAGUCCUGUAUUGACUCUUUGCCUGUUUGAUGGUUCGUCGGAGGGCAUAGCGGGAUUUCUUAUAAGCGUCCGGGUUAGAGUCCCGCUCCUUGAAAGCGGCAGCUCUACCCUUUAGCUCAGUGUGGAUGUUGCCUGUAAUCCAUGGCUUCUGGUUGGGGUAUGUACGUACGGUCACUGUGGGGACGACGUCAUCGAUGCACUUAUUGAUGAAGCCAGUGACUGAUGUGGUGUACUCCUCAAUGCUAUCUGAAGAAUCCCGGAACAUGUUCCAGUCUGUGCUAGCAAAACAGUCCUGUUGCUUAGCAUCUGCGUCACCUGACCACUUUUUUAUUAACCGAGUCACUGGUGCUUCCUGCUUUAGUUUUUGCUUAUAAGCAGGAAUCAGGAUGAUAGAGUUAUGGUCAGAUUUGCCAAAUGGAGGACGAGGGAGAGCUUUGUAUGCGUCUCUGUGUGUGGAGUAAAGGUGGUCUAGAGUGUUUUUUCCUCUUGUUGCACAUUUAACAUGCUGGUAGAAAUUAGGUAGAACGGAUUUAAGUCCCCCUGCAUUAAAGUCCCCGGCCACUAGGAGCGCUGCCUCUGGGUGAGCGUUUUCCUGUUUAGUUAUGGCCUUAUACAGCUCAUUGAGUGCAAUCUUAAUGCCAGCAUUGGUUUGUGGUGGUAAAUAGACAGCUAUGAAAAAUAUAGAUGAAAACUCUCUUGGUAAAUAGUGUGGUCUACAGCUUAUCAUAAGAUACUCUACCUCAGGCGAGCAAAACCUCAAGACUUCCUUAGUAUUUGAUUUUGUGCACCAGCUGUUGUUUACAAAUGUACACAGACCGCCACCCCUUGUCUUACCGGAGUCAGCCGUUCUAUCCUGCCGAUGUAGCGUAUAGCCCGCUAGCUGUAUGUUGUCCAUGUUGUCGUUCAGUCACAACUCAGUGAAACUUAAGAUAUUACAGUUUUUAAUGUCCCGUUGGUAGGAUAACCGUACUCUUAGGUCAUCUAAUUUAUUUUCCAGUGAUUGAAGAUUGGCUAAUAGCUAGCUAGCUAGUGUUGUGAAUUUCUAGCUAAUGCACAAAUGGGUUUUCAUGAUAUCUGUUCUGCUGUGAUUAGUGCGCCGAGUUCUACAGCUCAACUGACUGCUCUCUGUGACGUCAUCACGUUGGCCAAAUGUUGCAAAGCAGCGAGGCUGAUUUCUGAGAACAGUCCCAUAACUUUGGUGCCGUACAACUUCAUCAACAAGCUGGCAAACUAGCUACCGUAUGGCCAUUCAAACAAGCUUGCAUUAGGCUGCUAGCUGGAGCAAGUUUGCUCAGCUGAUCGAGCAUGGUUUGCCAUAGUAGCCAGUGCGUCAAAACUACCGUGAGCGGAAUGAUUUUCAGAAUUAGGAACUAGUGUUAGGCGGAUAAGCAAAAUCUAGCUUUUUUUGAUUCCAUGUCCUACAAGACCGAUCGGUUGAGUAACGAGCAUCGUGUAGGAGUGAUGCCCUCUGACGUAAGACAAUGGGGCUAUGUCAUAAACCCUCAAAAUUCCAGAAUGGAGUGAAAAUGGCAGCCAUAUUGGUCAGGUAGAAAUCCAAACCAGUCUAAUUGGAAUGAAUGGCAGUAGAGGCUUAAUCCUGUAAAAGGAAGACGUGUGAUAUCAGAAAUGGUGUAAUAUAAUUAUUGUCAACCUAAAAUAUUGUCAUAUAAUUAUAAAUACAGUUUAUACAGGUUUAAACCAAUUUUCUGAAUAAAUAGCCUCUAAAAUAUAUGUAAACGUUUACAACUUGUCUAAGUCCUAUCAUCAACUCAUUUCAGACAGUGUAUGGCAGUGGAUUGACUGCGUUGUUUAUAUGGAAUGUUAGCAUAUUAGCUAACAAACUAAUAGUGCAGAUAAAUUCAUUUUAUAAUAUCUCAUCAAAGCACUGGCAAACCGUGUUUGUCCAACUCCCUGACCAAAAUGGCUGAACUUUAUUCCAUCAUAAGAAGGUUAAUGUCCAUUCUAAUAUUCUAAUUCCUAAUUUUAUGCUGUCACCAUCAUAUACAGUAUUGUACAUGGCAAAGGUUUUUACAACCAAGAUAAGCCACUCUUUCUCUCUAUAGCAUAGACGGGGCCUGUGAGUAUGGGUGGUUUUCUAUGAGCCAAAUAUACUGUUACCGUCAUAUACAGUAUUGUGGUUUAACAGAAGGCAAAGAUACUGUUACCAUCAUGAUGCUGUAUGGGGUAUUGCACAUUACAAAGAUACUCUCUUUCAUGACCAAGAUAAGCCACUCUCUCUCUAUAGAAUAGACCGUUAUAUUGACUGACUGCCACUUGUUUGUUCCAUUGCAGGCUGUGCCAUACUCCAGAGAAUUCAAACAGAAAUAUGAUUACUUCAGAAAGAAGUUGAAGAAACCGGUAAGAAAUGUUACGUUGCUGCUCAACAUCUUAGUGCUUUGCAAAAGUAUUCCGGCCCCUUGGAUUGUUAAAAAUGUAUUGUUUUACAAAGUGGGAUUAAAUUUGAUUUAAUUGUAAUUUUUUUUGUCAUCAAUCUACAAAAAAUACUCUAACGUCAAAGUGGAAGAAAAAGUAUAUAUAGAUAAAGAUAAAUUAAAAAUGUAUAACUAAAAUGUAGUUGUUGCAUAAGUAUUCAGCUCCUUUGUUUAGGCAAUCCUAAAUUAGUUCAGGAGUAAAAUGUGGCUUAACAAAUCCCAUAAAUUACGUGAUCUCAGUCUGUGUGAAAUAAUAGGGGUUAACAUGACGUUUGAAUGACUAAUCCUUCCUCUGUCCUCCAUACAUACAACAUCUGUAAGGUCAAUCAGUCAAGUAUUGAAUUUCAAGCACCGAUUGAACUACAAAGACCAGGGAGCUUUUCAAAAGCCUCAUAAAGAAGGGCAGUGAUUGGUAGAUGGGUAACAAUAACAAAUCAGACAUUGAAUAUCUCUUUAAGCAUGGUCAAGUUAAAAAUUAUGCUGUGGAUUAUAUAUUAAACCACCCAGACACAUCAAAGAUACAGUCGUCCUUCUGAACUGAGCUGCAGGACAGGAAUGAAACUGCUCAGGGAUGUUACCAUGAGGGCAUUGUUUAUUUUAGAACAGCUACAUAGUUCAAUGUCUGUGACGGUAGAAAACUGAGGAUGGAUCAACAACAUUUGUAGUGACUCCACAAUAAUGAUCUAAAUGAAAAGAAGAAUAUAAAUAUACACAAUACUUGCAUCUUGUAUGCAACAAGGCAAAAAAACACGAAGGAAUACACUUUUUGGCCUAAAUGCAAAGCCUAAUGUUUGAGCCAAAUCCAACAUAAGACAUCACUGAGUGACUGCCUCCUUAUUUUCAAGCAUGGUGGUGGUGGCUGCAUCAUGGUAUGGGUAUGUUUAACAUCGGCAAAGACUUGUUCAGGGUAAAAAUAAAUUGGAUAGAGCUAAGCACAGGCAAAAUCCUAGAGGAAAACCUGCUUCAGUCUGCAUUACACCAGAGACUGGAGAGGAAUUCACCUUUCAGCAGGACAAUAACCUACAGCACAAGGCCAAACCUACACUGGAGUUGCUUACCAAGAAGACAGUGAAUGUUCCUGAGUGGCCAAAUUACAGUUUUGACUUAAAUCUGCUUGAAAAUCUAUGACAAGACUUACUAUCUAGCCGUGAUCCCCACCAUCUUGACAGAGCUUGAAGAUUAAAAAAUAAAAUAAUAGGCAAAUAUUGGACAAUCCAGGUGUACACAGCUCUUAUUGACUUACCCAGAAAGACUCUCCGCUGUAAUUGCUGCCAAAGGUGAUUAUAACGUGUAUUGACUCAAGGAGCUGAAUACUUAUGCAACGACUAUGUUUUGGUUAUUUAAUUUCUAUUAAUCAAUUUUUUUAAAUGUUAGAAUCUUUCUUCCACUUAGACAUUACAGAAUAUUUUGUGUAGAUUGUUGACAAAAAAAUGACAAUUAAAUCAAUUUUAAUCCCACUUUGUAACGCAAUAAAAUGUGAAGAAAUCCAAGAGGUCUGAAUACUUUUGCAAUGCUCUGUAUAUGAAAUAUCCUUCAACACCCUUCAUUUUGAGCAACGCUGUGAAUUAAUUCUUAAUUAAUUCACUGUAAAUAAAGUGUCAAAUGGGGCACGUUGUUUUAUAUUCAGUGCAAAACCACUUUAUCAUACCUCACCCAUCCUAAUUAGCAUUGAUCUAAAGAUACAUCUGUCUUCUUGUUUCUCUCUGUGUGUUCCCUGGUUAGAACCACUGUUUGUGUAUGAACAACCAUCCAUCCCCUGUACAUAUAAAUAAUACUUAAGUGAAGUCAAUUUAAAUAAACUGUCUAACUCCUUUUUAGAGUAGACCUGUAUUUUUGUGUGUAUUCCCUUUAGGAACACUGGAUGAGCGGAUGAUAUAUUUGAUUCUAUUGUAUCCCCAGGCGGACAUCCCUAACAGGUUUGAGAUGAAGCUGCACAGGACCAACAUCUUUGAGGAGUCGUACCGCCGCAUCAUGUCUCUGAAGAGACCAGACAUCCUGAAGGCCCGCCUCUGGAUCGAGUUUGAGUCAGAGAAGGGGCUGGACUACGGAGGUGUGGCCAGGGAGUGGUUCUUCCUGUUGUCUAAAGAGAUGUUCAACCCAUACUAUGGACUCUUCGAAUAUUCAGCCACGUAUGUACUGUCUCUAUCAUUGACCACCAGUUAUAGAAACCUACAGAAGUACAAAUGAAAAUGUGCACAUUUCUUGUUUGUCGGUGCAGUUUGGUAAUGGCAGCUGAGGAAGAUACAAAUUCUGUGGUGUGCAGAGCACUUUGCUGCUGUGCUUCUCAACCUUUUCCAUUCCAUGGACCACAAAAUCAUAAUGAAAAGCUCUUGAGGACCACCAUUUUGCGGAGUCACAGAUUAUUAUUUUUUAUACGUAAAAUAUCUUGGCAGUCAAAUUUUGUCCAUUUUAGCAGUGAAUGUAACAAAUGAAAGGCCUAUUAUUAUUUACAGUUAGCAUUGUGAAAAAUAAUGUACAAUUGCUUAUAAUACCAUUAAUACUCCCAACUGUUAUUAAUUUUGGAAGAAAAAUAAGAAAUCAAUUAAAUAAAUACGUGCUGUACCCUCGCGGACAACAGGUCUAUUUUCUAAAAACGCAGCGAGAAAUUCUAGAGAUUGUCAUGAAAAGACACACAGACAAUUUCCUCUAGGUUUUAUGGUCUGCCUUUUCCUCUCAUUCACUCUGGCUUCCUGAAAACCAAUGCUUUCCACACAAUAACAGAACAUAGACUAUUUCCAGCCUUACAGUCAGGGACAUUUGACCCAAAAGGGAAGUUUGCACAUUCCUGUUUCUUUCUCCAUUGACUUUUCUGACCAUCUCCCAAACAACUCUUAAUCCUGGCCUUAGGAAGUGACUUCUGUCCUAGCAUGUAAGCAUUGAUUUGAUUGGUUAGAUUAGAUACCAGGGCCUAAAAUUAACACCCUCCACCUGUCAAAUGCGGGUAGAUUUUGCCAUUGGCGGGUAAGAUGUCUAUUUCACCAGCCACGUGGCGGGUGGUCAGGGCUCCACAGUGCAAGCAUUUCACUUGCGUCAGCGAAUAAAAAUGUAGUUAGAAGUAUGAGCUGAUUUAUAGCAAAAUAAAUGCUGCAGUAGCUGUUUUCAAGGUGUUUCUGUCAAUUUGUUUCAUAGCUGGUAGCUAGUCACACACAGAACUAGCUACGAGUCCUAUAAUAUACGUUAGCCUGCCUGGCUGGGGAGCUGUGAUUCAAGUUCUGGAGAUACAUCUUUAGAUGCGCUGCACACAGGCGUUAAAGUUGAUCUCAUUUAUUUAAGUCUACUGAAGUGAGACUUUGUCCUCGUGUUUCUUGGCAAUUUACAUUGUUUUGUUCACAAGUUUGGUUGUUUUUCAAUGUUUGAGUUUGCUUCUACUGCUAGCAAAGACAUAUCGGCUGACGGCUACUGGUCAGAUUCUCUAUCUCACAUGCACACUGUCACUGACGGCUACUGGUCAGAUUCUCUAUCUCACAUGCACACUGUCACUGACGGCUACUGGUCAGAUACUCUAUCUCACAUGCACACUGUCACUGACGGCUACUGGUCAGAUUCUCUAUCUCACAUGCACACUGGCACUGACGACUCGAGUGCCCUUUUUGCCACGGUAACCUCCCGCCCUUAAAUGGGCAGCUGUCAUCUGUGAUAUUUUAGUUAAAAGACUUGGGUCGCAAAAAAUUUAAAUAGAGUAAUAUACCACAACUUACUAGUAAUACAUUUAUUAUUUUAGAAACAUUACAAUGCAUGUUCAUCCGGAGUUGUUUUUGUUUUUAGUGUAAUAAUGGUGCAAAACAAUUGGGCUGGUAAAAAAUCUGAGUGGCUGGUGGACCAAAAAGUCAGUUUCAGGCCCUGUUAGAUCAACUUUAUUGUCCCACAUGUGGAAAUGAGUUUGGUCAUGUGUGCCACAUUUCGUAUCUGACCCCUAACCUCUGUCUGUUGUCUCUGCAGAGAUAACUACACACUACAGAUCAACCCUAACUCUGGGCUGUGUAACGAGGACCACCUCUCAUACUUCAAGUUCAUUGGUCGGGUGGCAGGGAUGGCAGUGUUCCAUGGGAAGCUAUUGGACGGUAAGAUGAGCUUCUCUUGUAUAUCAGAAGCUCUGGUAUUUAUGCAACAUUAUUUUACAACCAUCACAAGACCGUAGACAAUAGAAUAGGUCUUUGAUUGUCAGUUUGGUGAGUUUUAUCUUUUGACCCCAGGUCUGAUUGAACGUUGUCUUGUCUCCUCUCUUCAGGCUUCUUCAUCAGACCGUUCUACAAGAUGAUGCUUGGGAAACAGAUCACACUGAAAGACAUGGAGUCAGUGGUGAGGCCCUUUAAAAGUAAAGAUACCUUAAUAGAAAAUGACUCAAAUAAAAGUCACCCAGUAAAAUACUACUUAAGUAAAAGUCUAAAAGUAUUUGGUUUGAAAUAUACUUAAGUAUCAAAAGUAAAUGUAAUUGCUAAAAUAUACGUAAGUAUCAAAAGUAUAAAUCAUUUUCAAAUUCUUUCUAUUAAGCAAACCAGACGGCAUGAUUUGUCUUGUUUUUUUUUAAUUGACGGAUAGCCAUGGGCACACUCCAACACUCAGACAUCAUUUACUCCAACACUCAGACACCAUUUACUCCAACACUCAGACACCAUUUACUCCAACACUCAGACACCAUUUACUCCAACACUCAGACAUCAUUUACUCCAACACUCAGACACCAUUUACUCCAACCACUCAGAACACCAUUUUACUCCAACACUCAGGACACCCAUGUACUACCAACACUCAGACACCAUUUACUCCCAAACACUCAGACACACACCAUUUACUCCAACACUCAGACACCAUUUACUCCAACACAACUCAUUUACUACCAACAUCAGCCAUCAUUUACUCCAACACUCAGACAUCGUUUACUCCAACACUCAGACAUCAUUUACUCCAACACUCAGACAUCAUUUACUCCAACACUCAGACAUCAUUUACUCCAACACUCAGACAUCAUUUACUCCAACACUCAGACAUCAUUUACUCCAACUCUCAGACAUCAUUUACUCCAACACUCAGACAUCAUUUACAAACGAAGCAUGUAAAUUUAGUGAGCCUGCCAGAUCAGAGGCUGUAGGGAUGACCAGUGAUGUUCUCUUGAUAUGUGCAUGAAUUAGACCAUUUUCCUGUCCUGCUAAACAUUCAAAAUGUAACGAGUACUUUUGGGUGUCAGGGAAAAUUUAUGGAGUAAAAAGUACAUUAUUUUCUUUAGGAAUGUAGUGAAGUAAAAGUAGUCAAAAACAUAAAUAGUAAAGUAAAGUACAGAUACCCCAAAAAAACUACUUAAGUAGUACUUGAAAGUAUUUUUACUUAUGUACUUUACACCACUGAAGGAGUUAGGAGAUUAAAAAGUGUCUAGCCAGAAACAACAGCUUCAGAAGCAUACAAAUUGAGUGGGGUCAGACUUUAAUCUAGAAGGUAGUUUGACGCACACACACACACGCACACACACGCACACACGCACGCACGCACGCACGCACGCACGCACGCACGCACGCACGCACGCACGCACGCACGCACGCACGCACGCACACACACACACACACACACACACACACACACACACACACACACACACACACACACACACACACACACACACACACACACACACACACACACACACACACACACACACACACACACACACACACACACACAAUAUGUCAUGUCUUUGUUUCCCCACCACUUUGACCUUGUAGGACAGUGAAUACUACAACUCUCUGAAGUGGAUCCUGGAGAAUGAUCCUACUGAGCUAGAUCUGCGGUUCUGUAUCGAUGAGGAUAACUUUGGACAGACGUACCAGGUGGAUCUGAAACCCAGUGGUGGUGAUAUGGUGGUCACCAACCACAACAAAAUGGAAUACAUCGAGUAAGUUGACCUUUCGUCUUGAAUCACGCACAUUAUUUUUGAUUAUGUAACGGACUUCCCUUGGGGUAUUGUAAUAAUCUGAUUCAAGAAUCAAUAUUCAAGUUUAUUUGUCAUUUGUCGGUAUUAACCCUUUACACUCGUACCUGUAUAUGGGUUGAAAAUUGCAUAUUUGGGCACUGAUAAGCACCUAAAUUGGAACGCAAUGGCUGUACAGUAACAUGCUAUACAUGAGGUCAGAGCUCAGUGGCUGUACAGUAACAUGCUAUACAUGACGUCAGAGCUCAGUGGCUGUACAGUAACAUGCUAUAAAUGACGUCCGAGCUCAGUGGCUGUACAGUAACAUGCUAUACAUGACGUCAGAGCUCAGUGGCUGUACAGUAACAUGCUAUACAUGACGUCCGAGCUCAGUGGCUGUACAGUAACAUGCUAUACAUGACGUCAGAGCUCAGUGGCUGUACAGAAACAUGCUAUACAUGACGUCAGAGCUCAGUGGCUGUACAGUAACAUGCUAUAAAUGACGUCAGAGCUCAGUGGCUGUACAUAAACAUGCUAUACAUAACGUCAGAGCUCAGUGGCUGUACAGUAACAUGCUAUACAUAACGUCAGAGCUCUGGCUCAACGCUUCAUUGCUGUAUUGGUUUUGGCUGACAGCCGUUCUGAAAUUGAGCACGACAAGAAGUAGCCCCCAUCCCUCCCGCUAAUUGGGCAACUUUUGCGAAUGUUUUGUUGUCUGAUUGAGGGAAUUGCUGUAAAUUUAAGAGGACUCAAUGUAUUUUGAAAGAUGAGACGUUGAGGAUUUACAUGCAAGCCAAACACCCGUGAGUCCAAAUUUGCAUUUCACAUUUCCAUGUAAUAUGCAGUGUCAACGUUUAUGAUCACUAUGUUUGAUAUACAGUUACAAGAUGACAUGGCGUCAUACCCUUGGUUGUUCUGAACAGAAUUAAUCGCAGAGGAACACACACCUGAAUACACGCAUGACUGAGUCCUUUCUAUACGCACCAAAAUGAUGAUCUGUUUCUCUGAAUUGCCCUGUGAAAGCCUAACACUGUAAGAUCGUAUUUUACAAUUUAGCGUGUCAUGUUGGCAAUAGAACACGUUUUCAAAUGAUGCCCAUCUGACACAGAUUGCGAUUUAUAAUUGGCCAUUUUUCGAUUGCGUAAACAGCAGAUGUGAAUCAGAUGUUAUUGGUUGCAUACACGUGUUUAGCAGAUGUUAUUGCGGGUGUAGCUAAAUGCUUGUAGCUAAAUAAUUGUUUGAUGGCGGGAUGCAGGGUUGUGUUCCAAACAAACUAUAUAGUGCCUUCGGAAAGUAUUCAGACCCCUUGACUUUUUCCACAUUUUUUUACUUUACAGCCUUAUUCUAAAAUUGAUUGAAUUGUUUUUUUCCCUCAUCAAUCUACACACAAUAUCCCAUAUUGACAAAGCAAAAACCGGUAUUUAGACAUUUUUGCUAAUAAAAAAAUAAACAUUUACAUAAGUAUUCAGACCCUUCACUCAGUACUUUGUUGAAGCGCCUUUGGCAGCGAUUACAGCAUCGAGUCUUCUUGGGUAUGAUGCUACAAGCUUGGCACACUUGUAUUUGGGGAGUUUCUCCCAUUCUUCUCUGCAGAUCCUGUCAAGCUCUGUCAGGUUGGAUGGAGAGCGUUGCUGCACAGCUAUUUUCAGGUAUCUCCAGAGUUGUUAGAUCGGGUUCAAGUCCGGGCUCUGGCUGGGCCACUCAAGGACAUUCAGAGACUUGUCCUGAAGCCACUCCUGCGUUGUCUUGGCUGUGUGCUUAGGGUUGUUGUCCUGUUGGAAGGUGAACCUUCGCCCCAGUCUGAGGUCCUGAGCGCUCUGGAGCAGGUUUCCGUCAAGGAUCUCUCUGCACUUUGCUCCGUUCAUCUUUCCCUCAACCCUGACUAGUCUCCCAGUCCCUGCCGCUGAAAAACAUCCCCACAGCAUGAUACUGCCACCACCAUGCUUCACCGUAGGGAUGGUGACAGGUUUCCUCCAGACAUGACGCUUGGCAUUCAGGCCAAAGAGUUCAAUCUUGGUUUCAUCAGAGGAGAGAAUCUUGUUUCUCAUGGUCAGAGUCUUUAGGUGCCUUUUGGCAAACUCCAAGCAGGCUGUCAUGUGCUUUUCCCUGAGGAGUGGCUUCGGUCUGGCCACUCUACCAUAAAGGCUUGAUUGGUGGAGUGCUGCAGAGAUGGUUGUCCUUCUGGAAGGCUCUCCCAUCUCCACAUAGGAACUCUGGUGCUCUGUCAGAGUGACCAUCGGGUUCUUGGUCACCUCCCUGACCAAGGCCCUUCUCCCCCGAUAGCUCAGUUUGGCUGAGUGGCCAGCUCUAGGAAAAGUCUUGGUGGUUCCAAACUUCUUCCAUUUAAGAAUGAUGGAGGCCACUGUGUUCUUGGGGACCUUCAAUGCUGCAGAGAUGUUUUGGUACCCUUCCCCAGAUCUGUCCCUCGACACAAUCCUGUCUCGGAGCUCUAUGGACAAUUCCUUCGACCUCAUGGCUUGGUUUUUGCUCUGACAUGCACUGUCAACUGUGGGACCUUAUAUAGACAGGUGUGUGCCUUUCCAAAUCAUGUCCAAUCAAUUGAAUUUACCACAGGUGGACUCUAAUCAAGUUGUAGAAACAUCUCAAGGAUGAUCAAUGGAAACAGAACGCACCUGAGCUAAAUUUCAAGUGUAAUAGCAAAGGGUCUGAAUACUUAUUUAAAUAAGGUAUUUCUGUUUUGUAUUUUUAAUACAUUUGCAAACAUUUCUAAAAACCUGUUUUCGCUUUGUCAUUAUAGGUAUUGUGUGUAGAUUGAUGAGGAAACAUUUGUAUUUAAUCCAUUUUAGAAUAAGGCUGUAAUGUAACAAAAUGUGGAAAGAGUCAAGGGAUCUGAAUACUUUCCGAAUGCCCUCUAUACAUAUACUGUAUGUGAAAACUACCAGUGUGCUUGCUCUAGGUUCUCAACGGCACAGCUAAAAAAAAACACCUUAUAUAGUUGAAGACUUUUCUUUUAGUCAUAAAAGUGCAUUGAAAUGACUUAGGAAAUGUGCACAAUUUGGUGAGGUGUUGCCACUUGGAGACACCAGUUAGACCUCUCACUCAAACCCUUGUCAUUUUUUUGGUCUGAUGUUGCAACCACCCCACAUUAUCCAGGAAUAUUCUUAUCAUGUUACUGGAUGUAUCCAGAGUAUUUUCAGAUUCCGUUAUCAACAAAUGCAGCGAAAAGUACAGUAAAUGUAAAAUGCACAUAAAAUAAACAGCAUAAUUUGUGCAUUCAGUCUUGUUUCAGGUGAACGGUUGUGUCCUCACCUUUAGGCACCCAAACGAGGGUUGCGUUCAUCCACCUCUGGCCUGCUGGCCCCCCUACCUCUGCGGAAGCAUAGUUCCCGCUCAGCCCAGUCAAAACUGUUCGUUGCUCUGGCACCCCAAUGGUGGAACAAGCUCCCUCACGACGCCAGGACAGCAGAGUCACUCACCACCUUCCGGAGACAUUUGAAACCCCACCUCUUUAAGGAAUACCUGGGAUAGGAUAAAGUAAUCCUUCUACCCCCCCCUUACCCCACCCCAAAGAGAAAAAUAAAUAAAAAUAUUGUAAAGUGGUUGUCCCACUGGCUAUCAUAAGGUGAAUGCACCAAUUUGUAAGUCGCUCUUGAUAAGAGCCUCUGCUAAAUGACGUAAAUGUAAAUGCAGUCUAAUCAUUUUCCCAUAAUCUCCAAAUGGUUCCCUUUCAAUUGCUACCAUGCUUAUGCAUUCCAUAUUUCUUCUGUGAGAAACAUUUUGGCCCUAUCCAUAUAGGCCAAUUCCCACAAGUGUAAAGAGUUAAAAAGGCAUUGGCAUUCUUUGUAGAUUAUGGAUUUGUCAUGAUAUGAUGGUACGCCAUCCAACUAGUAUCUAGGUUUGUUCUAAUAAUUUGUUCUGUCUUCAAACAGUCUUGUUAUUCAGUGGCGGUUUGUGAACCGGGUCCAGAAACAGAUGAAUGCCUUUUUGGAGGUGGGUGUUGCUUUAACUGUGUGCAGUAAUACCUCUUGUCAUUUGGUGGCAGUAAAGCAAAAUGCUUUGCACCCAGACCAAUAGGUCAACAGGCCUUGUUUUGAAGUGUAGAGACACCAUCUCAAGAAAGACCAUCUGGAGGUUUUUAGGUUUAUUAUAUAGCCAUCGUACUGCAGAUAAAAACUUCCUGAUUUUUGUUCAAUGAAAAGGAUGUACCUGUAGCAACUGAAGUUUGAGUAAAUCUUGCAUGUAAUCACUCCAAUAGCUGUUCAACAUUGGGUAGUAUGUGAUUACUGAUUUUAUUUCCCCCUCUUUUGUCCAACAGGGAUUCACUGAACUCACUCUCAUCGACCUCAUCAAGAUAUUUGAUGAAAAUGAGCUUGAAGUACAGUAUUAUUGUUUGUUGUUGUUGUUUUGUCAUCUUCAAAGUGUUGGAUUUACCCUGACUUAUUCAUAUGCUCGGUCACGUGGUUCAUUGUUAGUUCUGAAACAACAUUUUCAAACGUUGUCGCACCAAUAAAUAGAUUUAGAUGUAGUUUCACUUCAAAGUGUAUUGCUAAAACAGAAAACCAACAUAAUUAAUUAUUGUGGUUGAGUUUAACUUUCGCAUUCCUGCUCUAAUUUAUGUCUAUGGCAGAUAAAGCACUCUCUUGUUUCUGUGUCUGUAGGCUAAGUUUCAUUCAAUCUGUGUCUGUAGGCUAAAUUUCAUUCAAUCUGUGACUGUAGGCUAAAUUUCAUUCAAUCUGUGACUGUAGGCUAAGUUUCUUUCUGUGACUGUAGGCUACGUUUCUGUCUGUGACUGUAGGCUACGUUUCUGUCUGUGACUGUAGGCUAAGUUUCUGUCUGUCUGUGACUGUAGGAUCGUUCCACCUCAAAAAGGUUUUGACACCGACCAUCUGAAAUUGUUUCUGUAGUUAGAAACAAAUAAGAUAAACAUUUCUGCAACAUUAUUUUCUUUGCCCAUUUAUUUUGGUUCCUCACAUCUUAAUCAUUGUUAAGAAUAGGUUUUUGUGCAAAUCAGAUGUUGGGUACUAUAUUUAUUGAAUGUUAUAUGAAUCCUGUAAAUUGAAAUGGGCAAUUUGGGUGCAAUCAAUUAGCUUCAUUUCUUUCAACUAAAUAAUGUUGCUGGAAUGCUUAUCUUCUCUGUUUCUAACUACAGAAACCAUUUCAGAACAAUCUGAGAUGGUGGGGGUCAUGGCUUGCUGAAAUAGCAGCCUGGAACAACCCUGUAGGCUGUGUGUCUAGGCUAAGGGAACCAUGGGUUUCUGUUUCUCUGUCUCUGUUGUCUAACGGUCUAAACCCAGAAUGAUGAUGAUUCUUAAUACCUAACCUAUGUUCUCUAGAAAAGAGUGAUCUCCAAUAUUAUCCUGAGCGCAUCAUUUCUGUAUGUUAGUUGGCCAGUAUGUGAGUUAUAGUGGUCUUUUAUAUUGGUGUUGUGUGUUUUCCCUAGCUGUUGAUGUGUGGUCUGGGUGACGUGGAUGUGAAUGACUGGAGACAACACACUGUCUACAAGAAUGGAUACUGCCCUAACCACCCAGUUAUACAAUGGUUCUGGAAGGUAAGACAGGCCACUCUUUCACUCACCCUCUCUGUCUCACUCACCGUCUCGCUCUGUCACUCAUUCUCUCAUUCACCGUCUCGCUCUCUCUCUCUCUCUCUUUCUCUCACCCUCUCUCUCUCUCACCCUCUUUCUCUCACUCACGCUCUCUGUCACUCACUCACCGUCUCGCUCUGUCACUCUUUCUCUCAUUCACCGUCUCGCUCUCUCUCUCUCUCACCCUCUCUCUCUCUUUCUCUCACCCUCUCUCUCUCUUUCUCUCACCCUCUCUCUCUCUCACCCUCUUUCUCUCACUCACGCUCUCUCUCACUCACUCACCGUCUCUCUCUCUGUCUCUCACCGUCCCUCACUCACCAUCUCUCUCUCUCACACGCACUCACACUCACACACCUAUGUUUAGCCCAGCAAUGUGUGUGAAAGGUUACCAUCAAUCCUAAUGAAACAUUAUCUGUAUGGGUAGGUUAACAUCCUGCAGGAGAAACACUGAACUACUCAGACCACCAGUUGUUGUUACCAAUGAUUAAUGGGAUGUCUCAGAGAAGGAAAUAAUUACCUGUGAGUUACAUGCUACAACAUAAACUACAUGUAUCACUCAGUUGAUACAGUAGUGAAUAAUUUUGGGGCCAAAACCUGUGUAGCGUUUGAAGAUCAAAGUCUGUUUGGUUUAAAACAGCCAUGUUUGCUGUGAUAAAAGAGUAGGCCAGAGUAGUACUGGGCCUGGUUAUCAGCCCUGUCACUCUGUCUGGGGUCACCAGCACUUUACACACACACACUGAUACACAACAGAGUAGUACUGGGCCUGGUUAUCAGCCCUGUCACUCUGUCUGGGGCCACCAGCACUUUACACACACACACUGAUACACAACAGAGUAGUACUGGGCCUGGUUAUCAGCCCUGUCACUCUGUCUGGGGCCACCAGCACUUUACACACACACACUGAUACACAACAGAGUAGUACUGGGCCUGGUUAUCAGCCCUGUCACUCUGUCUGGGGCCACCAGCACUUUACACACACACACUGAUACACAACAGAGUAGAACCCACAUAGGGUCAGAUGAGCUGAUUCAGAGGACUGGUUUAAACAGCUUCUGUCUAUACAGGAUAGUGUCAUGUGCCCCAAGGUCCUUUUGGGAGAUUGUUUUGCUUGUUAGCUUCAGACACAUGUUUGUCUCAUUAGAAGUUGAAGGCCUACACCUGGAAUGAGUCACCUCAGUGAAACCUAGAACCCACCUGAGGGGAUGAAUAAUUGUAUUGAAAUGAAUAUCUGUCCAGUUCAACAUCCUAAUGUGUUUAGUCCUGUGUGUCCCACCCUGCAGGCUGUCCUGCUGAUGGAUGCUGAGAAGAGGAUCCGUCUGCUUCAGUUUGUCACCGGGACAUCCAGAGUCCCUAUGAAUGGCUUUGCUGAACUCUAUGGUGAGAGAAUGCUACACUAUGGUUACAGUGUGCUAGGAUAGCUGUUUAUGAAUAUGGCUGUGUAGUAACAGCAGUGUACAGCCCAAUAGUACACCUCUGUGUUCCAUCCAGAACUGUCUUGACCAAAGUCACUAGUACUGUAUGUUUAGUGCCACUUCUGUCUUCCCCCACGUCAUGUCAGGUUCCAAUGGGCCUCAGCUGUUCACAAUUGAGCAGUGGGGAACACCUGAUAAGCUUCCCAGAGCACACACCUGGUAUGUAUUGUAUGCAAUCAGAUGAUCCUACAGUUCAUUAAAUCUGUAGUGGAUUGGUCUGGUUUAACUGCUUUUAUGAAGUAGUGACCAUGAAAUUCGUGAAACAUGAAAAUUUCACAUUGUAUGUUUUCUAUGGGUUGUCGGCAUGAUAUUUUACUGUUCUACAAUUUCUAGUCUGUUUUAUUUGAGUGUAUUCCCAUUAUUUUGCCCUGAGUUAAUAUAAUAUUAGCCUCUAUAAGUGUAUCCUUAUUAAAUGAGACUGCUGUGAGAGAUAACAAAUCCUGUGAUUCUCUUCUCCAGCUUCAACAGGCUGGACCUACCUACCUACGAGUCGUUUGACGACCUGCGAGAGAGGCUGCUCAUGGCUGUGGAGAACGCUCAAGGUUUCGAGGGUGUCGAUUAAACUAACGUCAGCCAUCUUUGUUGAACACCACUACAGAGACAACACACCACCACAGAACAGAACGUUUAAAAACCAACUGCCACAGAACGUUCAAAAAAUCAACUGACUAACUGCCAUUCUACAGCUGCAGACAGUGGCCAUAGCAGGGUCUACCUGCAAGCAUGUUGUAUGCACAUGAUCAACCACCGAGGUUACUCUGAGACUGUAGUGACCGUGACAGAGACUUGAGCCCAACGAGCCAUGUCUGUCUUCUCAUUCUAUGUCAAGGUGCUGGGGAACAUGGCCAGUACAUUGCAGUGCAGCCAAUGCAAAACACUGCACCUCUGUCUGAAAUCUGCAGUGCUGGAAUCUGUGAUGCAUUUCGAUAUGAAUAUCUCUCUUGUUGUUGUAUUUGACACCCACCCACCCAGUGACUCUGCUGUGCUGUGGAGUGCAUAUCCUUAACAUGCUGGUUACUGCAUUCUGUAUGAAAUGAAUCAAAUUACUACUCCUCCUCUCUCCAAGGUAACAUGCUGGAUCCUGCAUUGUAUAUAAUCACUGAUCGAUUUGAGUCCUGCAUUGAUCAAUCACUACUUAACUCCUCCACUCCAGGUUACCUUAAUACUACAGUACUACACCACCAGAUAACCUUAGGAAUGCUAACCGAUCACAGAAUCACUGAUGAGGAUAUAAGCCUAGCCGUGUCUCUCUCACUGUUCAACGAACCCAGUCCCACCCCCCCUCCC